GUAGAACAGUCAGUAAGUCUCACCUAGAGGCUGCAGCAGCCGGCUUCUCUGAGUGCAAUGCGCUGCCUGCCCAGCCAGGCUUGACUUCCCAGUUUCUCUCAGCAACCAACCUACACAGGAAUAACUGCUCACAUUCUCACUGACACACACAGCUGCAACGGUGAGUUUAGUAUUCUGCAUUCUGUCCCUUUUCUGCUUUUUAAUUUUUGCACCAUAUUUCAUUAUUCAGCUUUAACUAUUUUCUUACCUCCUUAUCUGCCCCAAGUUUCUUUAGAUUGUGCUGUGUUGAGACUUGAUGCUGACUAGCACUAUGAUCAUGUAUGUUACAUGUAUGAUUGCAGGAUCAGUCAUGAAUCCCUGCUCCCCUUAUCUGGAUUUCUCACUGGUUAGGGAUGUAUGUAACAUGUAUGUUUGCAGGAUCUGUCAUGCAGCCCUGCUCCCCUUAUCUGGAUUUCUCUCUGGUUAGGGACGUAUGUUACAUGUAUGAUUGCAGGAUCAGUCAUGCAGCCCUGCUCCCCUUAUCUGGAUUUCUCACUGGUUAGGGACGUAUGUUACAUGUAUGAUUGCAGGAUCAGUCAUGCAGCCCUGCUCCCCUUAUCUGGAUUUCUCACUGGUUAGGGAUGUAUGUUACAUGUAUGAUUUCAGGAUCAGUCAUGCAGCCCUGCUCCCCUUAUCUGGAUUUCUCACUGGUUAGGGAUGUAUGUUACAUGUAUGAUUGCAGGAUCAGUCAUGCAGCCCUGCUCCCCUUAUCUGGAUUUCUCACUGGUUAGGGAUGUAUGUUACAUGUAUGAUUGCAGGAUCAGUCAUGCAGCCCUGCUCCCCUUAUCUGGAUUUCUCACUGGUUAGGGAUGUAUGUUUGCAGGAUCAGUCAUGCAGCCCUGCUCCCCUUUUCUGAAUUUCUCUCUGUUUGGGGAGAGAGAAGGGGGGAGAGGGGAGGAGGGUAGCAGAGAGGAAUGUCUGCCACCCAGGUCUCUGUCACCCUAGAAAUACUUGGGAGACUUAAUUAGUUUAACGGGACCAGGAGGCUAAGUGUGAAAGAGGCUCACAGUCUGCUUUUAGUUUGGGCACCAGUUGCUUAAUUAACCCUUCACUCCAAAGAGUCCUCCUGUACCUUGCUCUCUACCUCCCUCUGCCGACCGUGUGGCUGCAUUGCGAUUUAAAGUGUUGCUUCAAUAUAUAUUUUAUUUAAUAUUUUAAAAUGUUCAUAUUUAUGUAUUUGUAUGUUUAGAAUAGAUUGUAUGCUUCUUGUUGUGGCAUGUAAAGCUGGCUUUAGAAGGGUUUUUUUUUGUUUGUUUUUUGUUUUUUUAACCAGCUGAUUUCUGUUUUGGCAUGGCCAAAUACUUAAACUCUACUCCCCUGAGUUCACAGCUUCAUCUGGCGCCAGGCGUGUUAACUAUAAUGGACUUGUUGAGCUUAUUGAAAACAAAAGUCGAAAAUAAAUUGCAUUUCCCCUGGGAGUUUGGGGGAGGAUAAAGUCUGUUGGUUAAAUCGUAUAUUACUUAAAUGGAAGUAGAGGUUAAAGAGCACAGCGCCCCCUGUCUUCCUGAUUGCUUUACAAGCUGUUCAGGGCUGGGUGCUUGUGUGUAUUUUGUGUGUGUGUGUGUAUUGUAUUGUCUGAUUGUGUGUCUGAAGACUCUCAGUAUUGCUUUCACAUGUAAUGCCAUGUAUCAAACUCUGUCAGAAGGGAUGAUCUGGAAACAUUUAUUUUGCUUGGAAAUAGGAUUCUCUAAAGGGGUCAUAAAGCAGAUUUCAAGGUUUUAGAAAUACAAGAUUGUAGCAUUUGUAUCUAUGUAAAGAGAAUGGCAUGAUUCAGAUCUGCACACCCCAUUGCUUUCAGCAUAGCUAGAAAGGCUGCACAGCCUGUGUCUAUGAUUCUGUUUAACCUGGCAAUGCAAUGUUAUUUCUGGGGGUUUUAAAUUGCUCACAUGCCUAUUUAAGCAACCAAAGGGGGAUUGUUCUGUGGAUCAAGACUCUUGCAUUUGAGGGUUGGCAUCCAGCAGAGUUUCAGUUUGCCAAACCCUUAGCACUAAAUAUGCCAGUAGAUGCAUCUUCGUGUGUGGAAGACAGACCAAUAAAAUUCAGUUUUUGUCAAAUAAGGACAUAACUAACUUCGUGAUUCUGUUUAACCUGGCAAUGCAAUUGUUAUUUUUAUUUAUUAAAUUGCUCCAUGCCUAUUUAAGCAACCAAAGGGGGAUUGUAUCUGUGGAUUCAAGACUCUUGCAUUUGUUGGCAUAGAACAAAAGCUAUUGUGCACGUGUGUCAGAAUAAAAAGGUUUAACUAACUUCUGCUUAUUUAUUGGCCUUCCAAAACUCCCAAUAAAACCUAAAUUUAAAGGUGUUGGAUAAACAAAGCUUUGUGACUGGAAUAAGGUUUUCUUCUGCAUUGGUUAUUUAUUUUAUCUAUUUUUAUUAUUUCACUUAGCUGCUAGUGAGCAAACACAAAAUGUCUGUAAACUGUGGUCCCCUCUGCUUUUUUUUCUUUCCUAUAUCCAGUUACUUUUAUAUAUGCAGUGAAUGCCUUCUAGAUUUGAUGUUUGUUGCAUGCAUCUGUGACAGUACUGAUAGAGGUGUGUGUACAUAUUAUGGAUUGCAGGAAUAUAUCAUCUUCUUGUCUGUAUACUGUGGAUGUUCAAUGAUUCGGAGUAUCUUUUGUGUUCCUCUUCUGUUGUGGAACUUGCAUGCAAUUAGCAAUGUGUGGGGCUGUGCUGUUAUAAACAGAAUGUGAAUUUUGCUUAUUUACCUGUAUUCCAAAUGCAAUGUACUAGAUAGCAUGACCCUGAAAUGGUUACAAUUUGUUUCCACUAGACAAACACACAAAUUGUUGGUUUGUGAAAGCAGUGAGUGACUUGUCAGAAUUCUGGAAAUGUUUUGAAAAUAAUUAAUCACAUUCCAAUGCUAUGUUAAUGAAUACUUCUUAAAUGGGACCACGUUUAACCCCCCCCUCCUUGGUUUUUCCCUCUUGUUUAGACAAAAGGUUUGAAUUUUCAGAGAUGUAGAUUUGUUUAAUUUUUUUUCAUGUCUGUGCACAUUACUUCAUAUAUUUUUAAUGCACACAUGCAGCCCCACAGAAAGCCUGCCCAUCUGUCUUUUUAACAGGCCGAGAUUAUAAGAGGGUGUGAGUUUCAGACUCCAGAUGUGACAGCUGUUCCCUGUCACUUGGAUGACAACUGGUCUUUUUCCAAUAACUUUCUUAUCCCCUAUGUAUGUUUGCCGUGGUGUCGAUAAUGCUUUGUCCUCUACCAAAAGUGUACUUUUUUUUUAUUUUUUUUUAUUUUACAUUUUAAUAUAUAUUCUCUAUCUACAAACAAUAAUGCUUGCGUCUCUUUCUGUUAUGAGACAUUUAUGCCAAAUGAAAUUCCUGAUUCAGCUAAAUGUUUUUGCUUUUGUGACGUCUUUUUGGAAGGUUCCAAUUUCGAAUGAGAAUGGAAUAUAUAGUUGGGUAGAGAUAUUAAACAGUGACUAUCAAUCUCUCUCUAAAUUCGUCUAUUUAGUCUAUUGCCAGUGUGAUCUCUGCUUAUAAUAAAGCCUUGGCCUUGAGGAGCGUAAUCUGUAAUUCUUCCUCCACUGGGGGUCUGAAGAGAGAGGAUGUAGCUGAUUGCGAAAAGAGACACUCUACAAUCAACUUGAGACACAGGGGGUUUCAGCUGGGGGUCUUUUCUGGGAUCAAGGAGGAUAACAAAAAAAAAAAUCUGACGUUAAAUAUGGUGGCUAGCCAUUCACAUUUUCUUUGCCUGAGGAAUAGUGUAUACAUGGAGAGACAGAAGUGAAUGUUUAUCUAGAAUGGAAUGGCCUCUCUAGAAAAUAUUUUGAUAAUGUCACAUGGUGUUCUAUAGAGAGUAACUAUCUUGGGCACACUGGAUUAUUUUUUUUUUUUUCUCCUUUCUUUUUCAUUGUCUGUGAUUGUGAGUGAAUAUAGUGGCAAUUCAAGGUUUUCGUUUAACAAGAAAAGCAAUUAAUAUAGCUGAAGUGACAGAUUCAAUCAGCGCAGCCACAAAAGGCAGAGACAAAACAGUUUAUCAUGUUUUAUCAUCUGAGUGUAAGGAGUUGCAGUUUGUCUGCUUUAUAAUAGGACCAGUUAUAAAUGACCACUUAAUAAUAAAAAAUAAAAAAAAUCUGUUGAGGAGGGGGUCUUUAUCUUUUCUCUCCCCAUCCCCUCCACUCAAAAUUAAUGGUUUAACUAUUAAAAUUAGAGGCAAAUGUAUGUUAGAAAGCAGUGAGUCUCAUUUUUUUUUUAUUUUUUUUUAUUUAUAUUUUUUUUUAAACCCUAUUAUUUGGGUUAUUCACUACACUGGGAAUUAUCUCAGCUUUAACCAGGAGUUGUAGUUUGUAGGAUAAACUAACAGCUAAUGUUGCAGUUUGGCUAUUUUGGCCUGACUGUCUUGUCAUUUCUCAACCGAUGAGUUUAGUGGUUGAAGCUAUAUAAGGGCUGAAAUGGGGGCAUCAUUGAAUCUCAUUAGUUCAUGACCCCAGGCCUACUUGGCAUAUGUAAAAAAAAAAAAAAAUAAGAGAACUCUAUGGGAAAUGUCAUUGUAUUGACCUGUAAUAGCUGAAAGAUCUUCAUCAGCCCUUUUGUGGGAAAUAUUUUUCGGGACACCAUUUGAAUAAUAUGUAUGCUAUGUACAACAUCUGCCCUUGUAGUCUGAUUCCAAAUAAAGAGAAGUAGUAUUACCCAGACAGGGCGUAGUUAUUUCACAAAUAAAUAUAAAAAGUGUAUAAUGUAUUAUAUAUGUUUAAAGUGAUGUGUAAGCUAAGUUCAGCUUGACAUCAUGAAAACAUGUUUUAUAGAAGACUUUUCAAGAACGUAUAUUGCAAAAACUGAUAACUCAUCUAAAGUCUGCUAGAAAAAGCAAUAUGGCUGGUCUGGAACUUUGUACUAUUUCAGAUUAUGGUGAUCAAUGGUUCCUAUUUAUUUAACCCCCUUAAGGACACAUGACGUGUGACAUGUCAUGAUUCCCUUUUAUUCCAGAAGCUUGUUCCUUAAGGGGUUAAAGGAAUUGCAUGGGCACCAUGACAACAUAAUCAAAAUGAAGUUGUUAUAGUGCUUAGAGGUCCCUGGGGCUCUUUUACCUGAAGGAAUUAAACCAUUUUAACCAUAGAUGUUGCUCUACAGCCCCAGAUUACCCGUUGCCUGGCGAAAUCUGGUUUCUUCAACGCAGUUUAGGAAACGUGGGGGGAGGGGGAGAAUACUUUUUUCACUAACCUGAUUCCAGCACUGAUGUCCUUUGGUGCUGGGUCGGACUCCUCCUCUGACGACGUCAUGGUGAUCUGGAAACCGAAUGCGUGAGUGCCACUCGCACGUUGGGCCUUAACGAUAGAAAGCAUUCAUUCAACGCUUUCUUAUGAUUUUUUUUUUUUAACGCUAGAGGUUCCCAUGCAAAGCGUGAGGACAUCCAGUGUCGUCUCGCAGAGUUAAACGCCGUGAUACUGCAGGAAGUGCCUCUAAUGUCGGUCUUCCAGACAGCCACUAGACACAAUCCAAACCCUGCAAUGUAAAUAUUGCAGGUUCUCUAAAACGGGCAAAGACACGUCAACCCGAACACUUUAAUGAGAUGACAUGGCCUGGGUGCUUUAAUGUGUUCCUUUAAGGUAAGACUUCGAGCGUUCAAAAAAAUCAUUGAGAUUAAGUUAUUUUAAAGUAGAGUCCCUCUAAAGUUUCCUCCAUGAACAGAAAGAACACAUCAGGAAGAGACUCUUCUACCAUAAACCCCGCAGAGCUAGCUGCUAAUCUGUGCAUGCACACAACUCUGCUCUUUCUGCAUACUACAUAUGCAUGCGGUGUAUAGUUAAAUGCAUUAUAUACAUACGUAUGUUUGUAUAUUUCCCGAGUUAAAUAUUGAUAUCCUUCUGAACUCUAAAUCUGUGAGGGUGUUUUUUAUUUUAUUUAUUUUUUUUAAUUUUUUUUUUUUUUUUUUAUACUAUACACGAAGCAACAAGUGAACUACAAAUAAGAUUAUUUCCCUGCUGGAAUUACUGUAUACUGGAUGAGAUUUCUGUAUGAAUAAUCACUUACUAUCUUGUUAUUGACCUUGCUGUACACGGAUUUGUACAUACAGGACUGUAUUUUUAUUAAUAUUAGCACUUUAAGCAGAUAUUAAGCACAUGGUAAUUUUUUGGCACUUGUCACUUUAAGAUUAUAUAUCUUCACUCUCGUGAUAUAGAAAUUGGAGUUGUAUUCAGGUAUAUGGAAAUGUUCUGCUAAUAAAUCUUUAUAUUUUCUUUAUGUUGAGUGCGGUAUCAAUUUUUGUAUUUUGGGUGUUUUUUUUUUUUUUUUACCCUCUUCCCUAUAAUUUUUACAUAAUUUUAUACUGGGCAGAAAGUGUCACAGGACAGCAGACAUUUCUUUGUCAGACACUUCAAAGUAAAAUGACUGUGUUACUGAAAUGGGGGACUCAAAAUAUCAAGCUUUGCUGUGGCUCACACACUGUAAAUUACCUGACUAAUCCGGUUUCUUUUUUUCCCAAUGCUGUUAUCAUUUUGAAGAGAUCUGUAAUUAUUGUUAAAUAAUUGCAUAGUCCUCUCUCCUUUCAAGGCCCAUUGAAACAAGUUCUGUGUUUUAGCAUGCUUUAAUCAUAAAGACUGUUCCUCCUUAACUAACCCUGAUUGCAUAAUUAAUGCUUAAAAACACCCAGUUGAAAUCUUUAGUUUGGAUUGGAUUUUUGAAAUUAGAUUUUUUUUUUUUUUUUUUUUAAUAAAAUUAUGAAGGGUGUUCAUGUAGGUACUUGCAGUAUACCGGAUAUUUUAUACCAUUUGAGUUAGGUUUUUUACGCAGACAUAAUUUUGUAAUCUCAGAUCCAUUCCUUCAAAGUGUCACUCUUUAAGAGAGGUAGUCCCUCUUUUGGGCUCAGAUUCCUUUUUCCCCCUCACUCUCAUAAUGUCCUUCUAUGUUAGGGGUUUCAAAUCUUUGGUGUGUAGGGGUGUCUGUGUGUUACAGGGGUUUCACAGCAACAAAACGAACAGUAAUGAGUCUUUAAAUUACAGUAAAGAUAACAUUUAUGUUUAUAUUAUAUGGCAUAAAUUAAAUUUUGGUAGCAUACAUGAUUAUCAGUAGGUUAGAAAGUUCCCUUUAAAUGACUAUGAAGAGAAGAUUUCCAUGGACAGAACUCUAGCCACACCAUAAAAAUUAAAACAUUAUUUUGGCUAUUUGAAACGUUGGCAGGCACCGCAUUAAAAUUGGAUCCAUAACGUAAAAUGUUGGCAAAUCAAAGUUGGUUAAAAUAGGUGAUUCGUUGAAGAAUUGCAGAUCUUUAAUUUUAAAUGACACAUUUUUGCAAAACUCAAAACACAUUUAAAUCUCUUUAAAAUCCACACCGUCUCACUUUCACACACACCAUGAUCACUCAACAGUUUUCAGAUCAGAUGUGAUUGUUUUUUCUGUUGUCGUUUCAAAGUGUUGGCCUUUCCCUAAGAUGACUUCCGUCAAUUUAACAAGGUUCCUUUCUAGCAAUGGAUCAAUAGCUCCUGUUAAAUUUCAAGGCCACUAGAUGUGUGUGGCUACUUGCACAACAGAAAUGGCUUCUAAACUAGCAGAAAUGUAACUUGAAACUUCAGAUCCUAGAAUUCUUGGUUACAUGAACUCUUCUUGGUCAUGGUGAAAUGUAGAUGUAUUUUGGGGGGGAAAGGAGAUGUGCAGGGUUGUAAUAGUUAAUAAUAUGCAUAUUUUUUACCGCAAUUUAAUCCAAUGAGAAACCUGACUGCCAGGUUUUUCUUCAUUUUCUUUUUCUUUGCACAAUACAGUUGGCUAUCAAGUUUGGAUUCAUCUACUGCCAGUGAAACAACAAGAUUAUUAAAUCUUGUGGGUGUGGGAGGAAAUCACAGCAAAUGUAUCCCAUAAAAGAAUUAAAAAACAAAAAACUUAAGUCUGUCUGCUGCGGAAGUUAUAAUGCUGUGGGCAUUGCUGCUAUCUACAACACACAGAACAUUCUAAGGGGAAAAAUACCAGUUGGUGGGAGAACAGUUGCAUGCUGGGAAGUAUUUCCUCAUGCACACGGCCAAAAGAAAGUGAAAGUGCACUUUUAUAUUAAAAGUAUUCUAACUACUGCCUUGAGGUUUUGACGUUCAACACGUGUCCAGCAUUUGUAUGUGUAUAUAGACACAAUAGUAGUCUGGUGUGGCUCUCAAGGGAAUAGAUUUGGCAAACUCUAGAUCCACAGUAUGGUGCGAAGGACCACAGUCUUCAAAUUGACAAUUAAAAGUAGAAAAUCCACAGGUUUAACUGGAUGGAAACUUCAAACUAGAUUUAUUAGAAACCGGAACACAGCAGAUUAUACAACGUUUUGGCGUCAAGCAUCAAUUGUUCUCUCUACCACGAGUAGCCAUCCUUGGAGACUUAACCAGUCUCUCCCCGUCUCUCAAUUUCUGCGAGUGUGGAACAAUUUCGACACUGGGUAUGCGAACAUCAGAUAUUAAAACAUUUUAUAGAGCGAAAGGGUGAUAUUCUGGAAUGGGCAUUAUGCAGAGCUAGAGAACAUAAGGCGCAACAACCUGUGGCCGCUACUAAACAAAUGGACUGAAUUGUAUUUCCCCAAGUUUUCAACUCUAAAUCCCACCUCAUAGCCAGGGCAGUCAAAAUAAAUUGGCAGAUUUUAGAAGCUGAUGAUCAGUUGCCUUAAAUCCUCUCCAGUCCCCCAGUGGUCAGUUAUAAGAGGGGUACUCACCUCACGGACAUAGUACACACUCACUAGUUCUACCAAUGCCUGAAAAUAAAGAUUUAUAAUAAUUUGGGCUACACUACAUACAGCCAUGUGAUUCCAGGUAGGUCAUUUCUUUGCCCCAUUUCGGGCUAAGGUUACAAAAUUAACCAUCGGAUUAAAUGCGUGACUGAGUUUGUCACCUACAGCAUUUUAUGCUCUUGUGGAUUGGCAUAAGUGGGAAAAACUAAAGAUAGUCUUGGGGAACGUUUUGCGAACCACAAGUCAUCCAUUCGGAAUGGAUAUAAAGAUAUUAAGGAUACCUUUCGUAGAGCCAUGGGCCAUCAGUUGGCCACUUUGAAAUGUACAGGGAUUGACCAUGUCCAGAUUCCACGUAGGGUGGAGACAGGGACAUCAAAUUGCUUAAGAAGGAAGCAUACUGGUUAGAUCUUUACGUUGGACACUGUGUUUCGGGAAGGCCUUAAAAUUCCCCCCCAUUGUUUCUUACCCAAAAGAUGAAUUACCGGUAUUUAUUGCGUUGUUCAUAUCUUUGUUUUGUUUGAUUAUGGAUGCAAUAAGCCCACUCUGGUAAAGUAUUGUUUAGGUGGCUUACCCCUAUAUGAGAUGUGUUCCCUCUGUUGGGUAAUUUGCUUUUCUGAUGGUAUUUAAUUAAGUGAACAUAUAUAGAUUUUCAAACUCUUUAUCAUCUGUGGUAGUAACCAGCCUUUGUAACACUUUGUUAUGUUUACAAUGUAUCAUUGGCACUUUUUCUAUAUGUUUUUAGAACUCACCUGUAUGUUUCAUUGUUCACAGCUUAGUAUGGGUGGCUGCUAUAUGAAUCUGUACUUUGCACACCUGUUUAUUACUCUAUACAUUACCUGAAUGUGUUCCACCUGCGCCUCAUUGUACACAGUGGGGGUUUUAGUACCAGUUUCAUACCAUAUGAAGAACUAAUGUUUCACCUUGUUUUUGUUUGCUGGGAAUAUUUAAAUUAAAUGGUUUUUAUCCUCACGAAAGUCCAGUUUGUGGGACUGAAAUAAUAUAAAAAUGCUUGGGCAUAUCUGAGCAAGACCAGUGAGUGUACUCUCUCAUUAUUUAUAUAUUUGAUUAUUUAUAUCUGUGUAUAUAUAACAUUUUGUUAAAAAUAUGGAAGAUGUGGCAAAAUACUUCCUAGAAACAUAAUAAAAAUAAUAAAAAAACAUAUUUUUUUUUUUUUUUUUUUAAGCAGCAGAUUCUUUUUAUUUGUUUGUUUUUACUUAUGGGUUUUCUUUUUCAGCUGUCUCUUAUCUGAAUUUUAGAUCCUGUAGAUUGCAAUUAAGUUCAUUUGACAUCAGCAACGAUUCUGUUUGAAAUGUUUCCAGUUACACAGAUUAUUGGCAGCAACAGACAGUUGCACGCCAGAAAAAGCAGUUCCAAGUGUUCGCAGUCAGUCAGAUUGUAAUUUUAUUUUUAAUAAAGUCUGUAUAACUCAUCUGAUGUCGUCUUUGUUUCAUAUUCAAUCUUUUCUUUUUGUAGUGCUUGUCUGUCCUGUCAAAAUCCCAAUUUUGAAAUCAUUUUAGGUAGAGCAUACAUAUCUGCUUUAAUUCUUAGAAAGAUAACCAGCAAGGUCAGAUGUUUAAAGGGAAACAAAGUUGUUUUCCUGGAACUAUAGCUCCCUAUAGUGCCCCUCUCUACCCGUGGUGCAGAAAGGGUUUUUAAAAAGUCACCUGAUUCCAGCGCUGGUUCAGACUCCUCCCCCACCGUCAUCUGGUAGGGGAGACUUAAUGUGCAUGCACGGCAAUGGGCGCACUCACAUAGUAUAAGGCAUUUCUACGGGGUUUUGGGUGACGCUGGAUGGCCUCAUGCAUAGCGUGAGGACAUCCAGCAUCAGGUGACCACAAAGUCGCCGUAUGACCCAAAAGUCCCUCUAGUGGUUGUCUGGGAGACAGCCACUAGAGAUGGAGUAACCCUCAAAGGUAAUUGUUGCAAUUUAUUAAAAACUGCUAUAACUAGAUUAAGUGACUGGGGUCUAUGCACCCAGACCAUUUCAAUGAGCUAAAGUGGUCUGGGUGCCUAUAAUGUCCCUUUAGCAGUUUUACUGUUCUGUUAUGUGUUAUUUUGUCUUAAUUGGUCAUAGUAGGACAUAGAAACAUAGAAUGUGACGGCAGAUAAGAACCAUUCGGCCCAUCUAGUCUGCCCAAUUUUCUAAAAACUUUCAUUAGUCCCUAGCCUUAUCUUAUAGUUAGGAUAGCCUUAUGCCUAUCCCAUGCAUGCUUAAACUCCUUUACUGUGUUAACCUCUACAAAUGGUCUGUGACCAGGUUAACCAAGAUGGCAGGAUCAAUGAUAUAAUUAAUGGAAAAAUAGAUAUGUUUUAUACUGUUAAGGGAUUCCCAGGUGGUAUUACUGUGUAUUCUAGAAAUGCGUGUGUUCUUGAUCUACUUAAAGGCAUUUAUUCUGUCAUGCCUGUAGCAGGGUCAAUAGUGUUUAGACGUCACGGAGGGGGCAUACAGCAAAACUACCACUCCAGAACACAAAAUGCAAACAAAUUAAAUAGUUCUCUUGUUCUUAAGAAAUUUUGGUAAUUUUUAUCAAGUUUUGGACUCUCUUAAGAUUCAACCACCUCAAGUCAUUGUUGAUCACAUGACACAUUUUUUGUUGUCACAAAUUGGUUAGAAUGACUGUUUAUUAGGUUACAUAAUGAAUGCAGUAUGUAUAUACUUUUUUUUUUUUUGUGUGUGUGUGUAACAUUUUUAUAAACCUUCUUAAAAUACAAAUUUUUGUGUAUUUCGCACAUUGUCUGAUCCAAAUCCUCUCUCAAUAAAUCCUUUUUUUAAAUAAUCUGUCACUACAGUGUACCUUAUCAUAUGUUGAAAUCUUGACCUAAAGAGUGAGGUUAAAGUAUUAGUCUAGACUCUAUCCAAUGCAAGGAUUUUAUGUAACUUGAGGCUAAUGGCAGUUAUGUUCUUAGGGAAACAGAAAGGAUAACACUCCUUCCAGUUCAAAUACUAGCAAAUGGUGUGAGGAAUGGCUAAAUAUACUAUUACCUCCCCUCCCAAAGGGGAGAGCAAAUGGCCAGCCACUACUUUUAUUUACUUGAAGUGUUCGUAAAGGAUUAUCAUGCUCGUCAGAAAUAGUGUCCCUGUGUCUGUCUUUCACAAUAUUUUCAUUUGUAGAAAGUUAUUUACUGAAAUCCGAUUCUCUGCUUUGUUUCUUGCUGAAGUUAAACCAUUUCCUGCUUUAUAGUCUAUUAAUUCUGACUUAAUUAGUAGAUUCCAGAAUCAUUUGUUGUAGUUUGUUUUUAUACUCGUGUUAGCUGUUUUGUAUUGUUUUUGUGUGGUGUGUGUGUGUGUGUGUGUGUUUAAUUUUUUUUAUGCCUUUCUUUGUCCAUAGUUUACUUUUUAGAACAGUUUAGAGUGUGCCAUUGUUAAAUAUGCUGUAAAGUUUGAUUUGAGUAGUUAAACAUUUAUCACUAUUGCCAACAUUUCCUAAACUAGAUUAAUCUAUGUCUGAAGUAUAGGAUGGAUGUUAAACUCCCAAUGUGGCCCCAGGGGUCUUUUUUGUUAGUCCAUAACCUGUUUGACCCAUCCAUAGCCUACACAUCAUUUAUAAAAUCCCACCAUAUUCCAAAGAAUAGUUUGGCCAUCCUACUUGUGAUUUAGUUCAUUUUUUCCCUUUACCCCCAUUUUCUUUUCUUUUUUUCCCUUUGUAUAAAAUUCACAGAUCUCUCAAAACUGCCUCAGAAAAAAAAUAAAUAAAAGGCUCUCAUUAAGCCGGGAUAUUAUUUUUCAGUUCGAUAUUGAAUGUGGUACUUUCUUCACCAUAGCGAACAAAAGUCAUACAGAACAAAAUAUUCUCAGUUUUUCUGCUUCCUCGAAUCAUCAAGAGUAAUGGAUAUUUUUUUUUAAUGCUUAAAUCUUGUUGGGAAACUCAAGAUUAGUUUUUUUUUUUUUUCUUUGAGAGUCCAGUGUGCAGUGGCUCUACUGUAAAGAAGCAAUUUGUCUUGAAAUGCAAUUGACAGGAGGGUGCAUUUUUAUUUUUUUUUGGUGAGCAAAACUAGUUAACUACAGGGUUGCCAAACCGAGUUGACCCUUGACCUUCUUGAGAUACACUGUGUCUGUUUAAAACAUUCUACAAGGGUAUAUUUCAAGGGCCACGGCUUACUACGUUGUUUGAAUGUGGUUUCGUCAUUAGAUAGCCAGACAUAUUUUGAUUACACGGAUUGUGUGAUUCACUGUAACAGCUGCACAGCCUUUAGUCAUUCUAUAAUGGCCUAAAAUUACCGUCCCUGAAGGAAUGCAGGCCUCAUAGCUCCAAGAACAUAAAACAGUCAAAAAUGAGACUUUGUUUUCCUUAACACAAUACAACUGUUUGCGUGUUCUUGUUUUCUGUGCCGUUUCAGAAAGCAUUAUUUCACGGAUAGAGUAUAAACAGUAACUAUGUUAAGUUUGAACAAGCACAUUAACUUAGCUUAUUGGCUUUUUUUGCUUUUUUUAACCUCCUUGACCGUUCCUAGUUUCUCUUGCAGCUCAAAGCUUUUCAAUUAAUAAUCUAAAUAACAUAUAAAUAGCAGUGGCAUUAAUGUAAUUGAAAAUGAAUUAACUCCAGGCUGUACAUGUUUAUCGCAUUUCAAAGAUUGUAUUACUAUGAAUGGCAGCCUUGUUAGGUCAUAUAAGCCUAAAAAAGUAGCUGAUUAUAUUUGAUGUCAAUGUGUGUGCUGAGAAGUCAUAUAUUUCUUCAUAGCGUAGCUUUCUAUACCGCUUAUCAAUAAUUAUUUUUCAUGCAUAAUAAUAGAAUUGCAUGAUUUGACACAGUGAAAGCUACAUGAGGCUAGGACAUAAAGCAUACACAGAUUAAAUGUUUGAUUCCUGAUGGUGCUCGUCUUCCCGCUUUGCUGAAUAAAAGUCUGAUUUAAUUAUAACGUUUGGGGGGGGGGGGUUGUUCCUACUUUGAGAUUGCCAAAUCUUGCUUGAGAAUGACUCUUCAAUUUUGUCAGAUUUUGUUCUAUUGAUACAUUUUCUGGAUCUAAUGAAUUCUGGGUUGUAGUCAUGUAACCCGUGACACAAGAAAGAGGGAAUUGAGAAGUUAAAAGGCUUUGUUGCUGUAGCAGACAAAAAACCACAGUGGAAGUGUUUGUGUUUUAAUAGGUAUUAAAUUCAUUGAUAAAAAUAUAAAAUGACCUCUGUUGCAUAGGUUUAAUUUCUUAACAAGGCAGACCACUUUGGUUUUCACGUUUUUGUUUCAGUAGAAUGGCACCCUUUCUAAAUCUAUGCUUAUUUAAAAGUAUUUUGUGCAGAAGGUUUCUCAAUAUUUCUAAAAGUCCAAUACCGUCUUUCGCUUGCAGUAUGCAAUACCAUCUUUGUUAUGUUGAGCCUGUAGUUCAUACGUUAAAAAAACACUUUAAACACCAUAACCACUACAGUCGGCUGCAGUAAAUAUGAUGAGUUUGCCCCUGGCAUUGCCCCCUGGUUUUGUGUCAAUCCAGUUUUGAUCAGCCUACCCUCACUUGGCGACGUGGGGCAGGGAGGCAAUUGCUCCCCAGGCCGCCCUAAAUCCAGGGACGCCCGCAUUCAGCCCUAAAUCCAUGGGCCCGCCUUACGUCGCCAGAGGAGGGGGACACAGUAAUCCGAAACUCCUACCUCUGGUUGGGCACUCGGAUUUUUAAACUUAUCCCUCUCCCUGCAGUCAGUGGAGUCGGCCGGCCUCUAAUGAUGACAUCAGGAGAGGCCGGCCGACUCCACUGACUGCUGCCUCCUUGCUACUCCUCCCUGGCCUAUGGUAAGACUCUGGGAGUGGGGGAAUACACUUUUUUAUUUAUUUUUAAUAUCCUCCCCUUUCCUUGGCCCCUGUCCCCUCCCCCCCUGUCCCCUCCCCUUUCCUUGGCCCCUGUCCCUCCCCUUUCCCUGGCCCCUGUCCCUCCCCUUUCCUGGCCCCUGUCCCCUCCCCUUUCCCUCGGCCCCUGUCCCCCCUUUCCCUCGGCCCCUGUCCCCCCCUUUCCCUGGGCCCCUGUCUCCCCCCUUUUCCUCGGCCCCCCUUUUCUCGGCCCUGUCUCCCCCUUUCCUCGGCCCCUUUUCUCGGCCUGUCCCCUUUUCCUCGGCCCCCCCCCCCAUUGCCUUCCUCGGCCCCUGUCUCCCCCCUCGCCCCCCUUUUCCUCGCCCCCUUUCCUCGCCCCCCCUUUUCCUCGGCCCCUGUCCCCCCAUUUCCUCGCCCUGUCCCCCCAUUUCCUCUGUCCCCCAUUUCUCUGUCUCCCCCAUUUCUCGGCCCUGUCUCCCAUUUCCUCGGCCCCUGUCCUCCCCCAUUUCCUCGGCCCCUGUCUCCCCAUUUCCUCGGCCCCUGUCUCCCCUCUCCCCCCAUUUCCUCGGCCCUGUCUCCCAUUUCCUCGGCCCUGUCUCCCCAUUUCCUCUCGACCCCUUUCCCCCCCAUUUCCUCGACCCCUUUCCGCCCCUGUCCCUGCUUGGCAUAUUGCAAUUUCUGAAGUUAAACUUCUGUGUUAGCAAUGUCCAUGCUGCUCAUACUUUGAUGGCAUUCAUUCACAAAGAGCAGGGUUAGGCAACCUUCGGCACUCCAUAUGUUGUGGAGUACAUCAGCCAUAAUGCAGGCAAAUCCUUAUGGGAGAUGUAUUACAAAACAUCAAGAGUGCCAAAGGUUGCCUACCUGUGACCUAGAACAUCAGCUAACACUCUCAGGCAAUGAAUGCCAUCCAAAAAGUCCACAUUAGCAAUAUCUUCUGCCAGGCCAUAGGUUCCUGGUGGUCCCUUCACUGCAAAAGACUGCAGUGGUUAAGAUGUUUUAGUGUCUAUUAAAGAUGUUUAAGAUAUAUAUUCUAUAUUUUUCAUAUAUAUAUAUAUAUAUAUAUAUAUAUAUAUAAUCGUGUUAACUUCUCUCUAAUUUUGAAAGAAAAUGUACACAGCUGUUCUUGUAAACCUAAAAAUGAUGCUUUAAUUAAGAGUAUGAUGUUGAUAGCAACGACCAUUUGGUCUACUGUACAGUAAGAUUUCAGUGUAAUAUUUUGCAAUUGUUAAAUAGUAUCGGUAUCCAGGAAACGUCUCCAUGAGAUCAAGUUGACAAUGAGGUUGAAUGUAAUAGUGGGGGACGGACCAGGAGUGGGUUCUUUGGAGAAUAAGAGGAAGUAGUGAAGUUCGGAUGAAGCAUCAGACACCAAUGGCAGAAAAUGAAGGUAUUCAGCAAUCAUUAUUUUUUAUUUUAUUUUUUUCAGGACAGGCUUCCCCAAACUCCGGCCCUCCUGAUGUUGCUGAACUACGACUCCCAUGAUUCUCAACCUAUCUAUUUCAUUCAUAGAAUCAUGGGAGUUGUAGUUCAGCAACAUCUGGAGGGCCGGAGUUUGGGGAAGCCUGCCCCAAGACUACAAGUCACAGACCAUGAUCCCUUGUUUUGAGAAGGUUGGCCAUCAAACCUUUCAAGAACAGUUCACAUAGUACAUUAACUAAUAUGUUCUAUGACUGCCCAAAAACAAAGUGGUUUGCAUGAAUGUCCAAAGUACUUACAGCAUAUACAUUUUAUUAAUCUUCUUAUAUUUUAUAAAGCGCGGUCACUUUCCACAGCGCCAUCUAUGGGUACAAUGGUACAAGUGAAAAUACACCGUACAGUAUAACUAAGACACAAUACACAAUUUGACAAACUAAUACGGGUGGAACAUAGAGCCCUAUUCCCAUGGGGAAUAACAUAUUUUUAAAAUUUAUUUCUUUUACAUUAGCAUUUUUAGAUAACACAACAUGUAGACAGACAUGUUUUAUAAAUCUAUUUUUGUUGCUGUUUUCUUCUGGCGGUAGCUAAAAAUAAGGUUGACAAAAAUGAACAGUAAUGGUGUAAUGUAUAAAUCUAUUUAUUUUAAUGUCACAGAGACUUGUAGUUGCAUAGAGUACCAUUCCAACGUAGGUGGUAGAGACUAAUACAAUAGACGAGUUGUAUUGUCCUGAGCACACAACAAAGUACAGCCUGUUCUUUUAAGGACAAAAUUUUUUAACCAGAUGGCAUGAAUGGGAUUUUAUCUGCUCGGAAACUCUGUUUCUUCGUUUUGAGCCAUGUGAAAGCGUUCUAAACAUUCUACCUUACCUUUACACAACCCCACACUCUCCCUCACACCCAACCCAUUAUAAUUAUCUUAAUUAAAAACUUAAAAUGAUCAUAUUCUUUAGAGCCUUUUGUGUUAAAUUGCUUAGGCAUGAUCGUUUUAUCAAUACUUUUAUACUUAACAUUCCAGGGCUAUUGAUUUCCAGUGAAAAGUAAUUAAUCUUGAGCUUGAACAUUAAGAGGAAUAUCCAGCAAGCUAGUGUGCCUUUUCUUACUCUGUUUAUCUAUCCAUCUAAGAUUAGGGUGAGGUCAGUCUGUAAAGUAGUCCGCAUGAGGUAGGCUUUGGGGGGCACAUUUUAAUUACAUAGUUCAACGGAGGAUAAUAAAUUACAGCUUUCUUCAUUUAAUGCCCUUAAACAUGUUGUUAACUCUUUUUCUAUGUGUGACUUCUCCGAACUAAAAGCCAUUUCCCUAACCGUCACGGAUGAUGAAACUAUAAUGAUGUAUGCUCAGAAUGGGGCCUCUAUGGAUUUUAGUUUGCGUUUUUUGUUUUUUUUUACUUAGGCAGUAAAUAGGGGGUGGGAUUGCAGUGCCUCAUUAAAAGUAUCAAGCGGAGCAACGGUUUAAGCUCCAACAUAAAAUGCAUAUCCUACACACACAAACAUGAAAGAGAGAGAAGUUUUGUUGGUGCGUCUUUAAAAAAACAAAAAAAAAACAAACCCAAAAUAUAUAUAUAUAGUUUUUGUUUUGCUGACUUACUGGCAACUAUGUUGCAAGAUAUUUUUUAAUUUUUUUAUCACAAAUAAUUGCCCCACUGGGUAUUCCAAUUGAAUGCCACUUGGCUACUAUUCAGUGCUUUGAUUGGGACUGAAUCUGUGAAACAAACAUACUACUUCCUCCCACCUCCGCAUUUGUCUUUUUUUUUUUUUUGCUUUUUUUUUUUACAAUUCAAAGUAAAAAGCCGUAAUCUAGAGCAAUAAUCCAAUGCCGUGUUUCAUGUUAAACGUGCUUAAUCUUUAUUUUUAUUAAGUUAAAACCAUAUCUCAAACAUACGGAGCUAUGGGCUCAAAGCGUCUCCUACCACCAGCGAUCACAAUCUAGGCAUUCUCUAAAUACUUGCAUUUUAUCCAGACUGAACUAAAAUUGUAACCCUGUUUGGUUAUAUAGGGGAGUAUCCAUUAAUUGACUAAAGAACACUAGAGUGUUCGCAAUACAAUCCUGUUCUCUAGAGAAGAAACACCCACUCGUGUGCAAACAAAAAAUGAUAAAAUAAAGAUUUUAACGGAGGCUCCAUCUCCGCCUCCUGCAACGUCAUAGAGAAGGCAUAGCAUGACCUCCUCCAUGAUGGCUCAGUCCAAUGCUUCUCAUAGAAGAGCAUUGGGCACCUAAUGAGUAGAGAUGUCCCGAACUGUCCGCCGGCGAACAAUAGCGUGUUCGCGUUGGGCGAACAUAUCCGAUUUCCGGUCCGCCCCCUAUACGUCAUCAUUGAGUAAACUUUGACCCGGAACCUUACAGUCAGCAGACACUUCCUGGGAGGGAGGGUCUGCUGCUGAUUGGGUGGAAUGUGUCUGCUGGCUGUGAGGUUCCGGGUCAAAGUUUACUCAAUGAUGACGUAUAGGGGGCGGACCGGAAAUCGGAUAUGUUCGCCCAACGCGAACACGCUAUUGUUCGCCGGCGGACAGUUCGCGACAUCUCUACUAAUGAGCAUGCACUGCUAGUACUGUCCAUCAAAUCAAUGCUUUCCUAUGGGCACUUCCAGACCACGUGACCCAGUUUUACUGCAGAAGAGCCUCUAGUGGUUGUCCGUAUGAGAAAUACGUCCCAAUUUUGAAAAAAAAUAUUUUUAUAGCCGAGACACAAAUAAAAAGCCCAAACCCCGUACUGUAUUUCAAUAUUCUUCUAUCUGGUUAUGGAGUGGAAAACUGUCUCUUGUCGGAAGCCAGCGGUUUUUAAAUGUCUGUAUGAAUUAUAUUCCUUCCAUACCGAGCAGUCAUCCAAAACUAGACACAGCAGUUCCCGUUAAUUGGAUUACCUUUAAAAAAAAUAAUAAUUUUAAACGAAAGAAGAUAAAAUGCAGGAGAUAAUAUGGAAAGUUAGCUAUUUGGAUGAAUUAAACAGAAUUCGUUGCCAAGAUAAUCUGCCACUUUUUUUUUUUUUAUCUGUCUUUUCUUUUUAACGCUUAGCCUUUAAUUGUCAAAUAAUGCAUGUUUGCAAUGCCAAAAAGCUAUUUGCAGACCAGCUGAAAACUAUUGUUUGCAUGUAAUAGUAAGAUUAUGGUUGUGUGUUUUACAACAUAGCAUUUGCCAGAUAGACAAUAGUAAUCUAGUUAUUCUUGAAAUGUAAUUUUUUUUUUAAAUGCGUCCCAGCACUGCAGAAACCAAUCUAUAAUUAUUAUUUUUUUUUAAUUUCUUUAUUUAUGUAUUUAUUGGGGUUUGUGAUAAACCACUGCAUGGAAAGAUCAAAAUCUUCUCUCCCCGCUACCCCCUCACUCCCCUGAGUGAGCAGAAGUCUUAUUUCUAUAAGAUUGUGUCUAGGCCUCCAACUUCACAGUUCGGCAAACUAGUCUGUCUCCUUAACAGAGCAGUCUCCUGUUACUGAUAGGCAUUCAAAGCAUGUUGUUUUGAUAAAGAAUAACUCUGAACUCACUUCCCUUACAUAAUCUGGUCUGCUUAUCACAUUGUUAUCUGUCUGGGGGUAUUACUGCAUUAAGCACUUCCAUUAGUAUUUCCAAUAUUACAAACCGCAUGGAAGGCAGACAAGCUGACAUAUUUAUGUGGGUUUUUUUUAUAGUUGCUUAUUUGCAAUUUUGGUUCUCAAUCAACCCUCAAAAUAAGUAACAUAAGUAACAUGCAUGCAUCUGCAUCCAAUUUGGUGACCUACUGAAGAUAAUCAUUCUAAAUGGAUUGCAUCAUGUGUAUACCUUCCACCAGUCCUAGUUCAGAUGGGAUAGUCCUGAUUUUUGGAAUCCUGUGCCUGUCCCCCUCUAAAUACAACUGUUUAAUGUGCAGAGCAUUACUGCCCAUGAGAGCGCGAUUGUACAGUGCUCUGUACAUGAGCAGCACUGGUGGCUGGGUGGUGGCACUGCUCAUUAUUCUUGAGAUAAUGUUUUCUUGGGGCUGACGUGCCCAGUUUUUGGGUGUUAUGCCCUCACUUUGGCCACUUCUCUCCUUAUCUCCCAUUAAACGCUUUCUAUAGUUUGCCAUUUCACUUCCCUCUUUGCUGUUCUCGCAGUUAACUUGAGGCAUGGAAAUACUGGUUACCAAAACUUGCGUAAUAAAUCCUUAAAACUACUGAUUAAAUAGUGAAAGCACGGUCUAGUAAUGGUCUAUGUUCCAUCUACGUACUGAGACACUUUGAGGCGAGCCUAGACUCAACUGACGUAAUGUGUCAUGUUGUCACUUUAACAAAUCCAUCAAAUAUUGGAUGUUUGAUUGUGCAUUGCCCUUAACGAACGCCAUCGUAGCUUAAAUCUGCCAUUUCCCCCCCUUCCUUUGUUAAAAAAACAGAUGCCGACCUAAGGAAUUUGAUUGGUUGCUGAAAGCUAUACUACCCAACAAUAGUUUGUUAAAUCAACUCAGUAAGACAAAGUAGAGCAGGGCUCUGAGCUCUUUGAAAUGAUUGAGCAGUGAAACAAAAUAAUGGACUUCACAUUCUCUAUACACAUAACCGUGCGGUUUGCCCCAUUUUAAGGGGAAGCGGGCAACAAGUAGACUUUUUCUCUAUUUGAACAAGUAUAAAACAAAUUUGAGGCAGUAUUUAAUGACCGUUUGUUUAAACCCCUACAAGAUAAUAAUUUUAAAUUACAGGAGACAAUGAGAAUUAUUUCUGAAGAACAAUUUAUGGGGCAAUGACCAUCGAGAUAUAUUUUGCCUGCCAGCUGUCCUUUGUACAUGCCCACACUGUGUAUGUUUUGGUAAUCGAAAGCCAGAGUGCCGAUAUUGGCUUAGCAGUGCUAAAGACGUCUGGGUCUUUCCUCCAAAAAUUGCAUCAUUGUCCUGCAAGCCUGUUCUUGGCAUAGGGUCGAUGUUGCACAAGGAACAAAGUAUGCUAACAAUUAAAUUGCAACUUUGGCAUCAAACAUACAAGCCAGGGCAAAUGCUACUGACACGGUGCAUCAUCUGAUCCGGUGAGCAACAUACUACUCAUGAUUCCGGUGUCUCAUGCCUCACUGCCAUUUAAAGGGUUAUCUCGGAGCUGAGAUCAGAAGUGGGAGUCACUUUUAUACUAUGAAAGCAGAGCAUCUGUCUCUGGCUUUUCCCCUUUCCUUUCCCCCUGGAGCUGUAGCAGAUCUGUGUCUGGGCACCAUUUUGCUGUUAAAUUCUCUGAUACCAUUAUCCUUUUAAUCUACCUCCACAUGAGAUGAUCCAGACCCCAAGGGAAGAUGGAAACAGGCAGGAUUCCAGGAGGAAGACUUGGCGAGCUUUGUAUACUCUUGUUUGACAAGGGACUUCAUUGCCAAAACACGAUUAAAACAAAUUUUACAAUGCCAUGCUGCACUGGUAUAUACUUCACCUCUUGCCGAUUUAACAAAAAACAUUUCCAUUUUAGUGAGAUAUAUAAUAUAUACACACACACACACACACAUUUUUGUUUCCAGGAUCUAUGCGCGGUGCAAUAAUUUAAGCUGUGCACGUAGAGAGAAUUAUUUUCUAAAGUUCCCUUAAAGGAACAUGGAUUCCUAAUGGUAUAGUGUUCUCCAACCGAGGUAUUACCACUUCCCCCACCCGCAAGGGUUUAAAAGCUGAAAAUUACUUGCCUUUCUUCCCUUACUAUGCUGGUCUCGCCGUUGCUUCCCCACCUAUCAUUGAGAUGAAGUGGUCUGGGGGCAUUAAAAGUAGUACCAUAAUCACUAAAGUGUCCAUAUUGUCCCGUUAAUGUUUUGUGUGUGCACUUUGCACAUGUUCAUUUUAAGUAUGUUUUGUUCAUUAUUAAGACCGUUCUUGUUUGUUGGAAGUUUUUUUUUUUUUGUUUGUUUAGUUUUUUUCCUGACUGGCAUAAUACUUGUUUUUCUUUCUCAUUUCAAAUUCCAUUGAUUUCCCACCACUACACAUCUCCUUCACUGUUGGCUGAAAUGCAGCGCAUGUCAAGAGAACGGUGUCUGUUUUAGUUAAAAUAGUUUAGGUGACGAAGUGCAUUUUCUUGCUUCUCCACACGUUAUCAGACAAUUUGGACUCAUUCCCUUAUAGGAUUGCGCGUCCCCCCAUGCUGGGGCACUGCUAUCUUGUUGUUGCCGCAGUAGUUUCAUAGCUCCACAAUGUCAUAUGAGAUAAUUUUGUUACGGAUGAGUCAAGACAGCCAAGCGGUGCACGUUGGGCCGUAUGAUGCUGCCAGAUUCUGGACAAGUAUGUCACUAGAUUCUGAUCUUUAUGUGAAUAUAGUGAAUGUUUAUUGGAAUCAGGCAGCUUCCACUGCAAGUUCAGCCUUUAAAUUGCUCAGUAUCUGACUGAUCACAAAAUUUUAAAGAGACACCCAAACUCCAGAACCAUUACAGCUUCUUGUGCUGUCAUCCAAGGAUAUGUGUGCAUACAAUACCAACUAUGGGAGGAAUGGAUCCAGGAAAUUGGGGGUGGAGGCAUGACAAUAGGGGGCAUGUUAAUUACUUGGCUGAUGCCCAAAGGAGCAUGUCAACCUGUCGUGGGUGUGUGCCCCUGAGUACAGUACAUGUGGAGAGUGCUGUUAAAGUGUUCUGCCCAUAAGCUUUAUGGGGUCUUGCUCUCUGGUCUCCCCAACUUCAGGGACAGGACCCUUAAUUUUGGACUGUUGAAAGGUAUGUUUUUGGAAACUCAUCACAGGUCCUGCAAAUUGAAGCAACUGAGCACAGUGUGAGCAGGUGAUUUAAAUACAUGAGAAGAAGUGAAGGACUUUGGUGCCAGAGAUCUAACAAAAAAAAACCCAACCUAUUGAUUUAAAAAGGUACGUUUUCAGGGCCAGCUUCCCAGCACCACAACCACUACAAAUGCUGCUCUAAUUAAGGUGUGUAGAUUUUUCAUUUAAAAAGAGGGGUGGGGGGGGGAGGGAAAGAGUGCAUGACUUUGUUCAACCUUAUUACUUAUCAAAAAUUAUUUCUGCGCAGAUCUUCAUCAUACUUCAUGAUACAAUUGCACAAAUUAAUUGUAUCUUAUUUCACAAAAAAAAAAUGACGAAUUAACAAAUGACUAAGGUUAUGAGUCUUUAAGGAGAUUUUUUGGAAAACCGCACCAUGUUCAAACAUGCCAUAAUAUAAUAUCUGCUUCUUGGAAGAAACAGGACAUUCUUAUUACUUUUAAAUGCAUUAAUAUUUAUAUUCUAAUUUUUAUAUAGAUUUUCCGCUCAAAUGUUUAAUUCUAAAUUAAACAUUUUAUGUAUAAUUAUCACGGGUGGUCUAAUACAGUCCUGUAUAUUAAAUGAUUUUUGCAAGGUUAUAGAUUACAUACAAAACUGUCUUUUUAAAACAAAGGAGAUAAAGUCAUUUGUGUGGUUUUAUAAACGAUUUGCCAGUAUAGUGCUUUGUGAAAGGAAUCAUCUGGGAAUGUGUUGAUUUCCUGAUAAGUUAAAGGGAAAAGCUGGAAGUUCAAUUGGACAAAAUGUUUCAGCGAGACAAGAUUCCCUUUGAUCUUAAAGUAGAUUUUGUGUGUUUGAGAGGGUCCUGGUUUUUCACCCCCACCCACGCACACACAUAAAACAAUUUCAUGAUAUGUAAAAAUGUGAAGUAAUACUUGCCAAAACAGCUGCUACUUUGAACGACGCAAAAAUCUGUAAAAAAAUAAAAUUAAAAUUAAAAAUGAUGUUCGUCUUGACCAUGUUAUUACAGUGGCUUGGCUCAUAAAUAAAAACCAUGAAAUAUUAACCAGUAGAAUAAGAACAGGAAAUGUACAUGCAGCAAUAUUAAAAUGUUAAUCCAAACACCAUGACCACUUCAGUGAUUUGAAGUAGUUAUGGUGCCUGGUGUCUGUAUCCAUUGCUCUGAAGCGAUGCACAGAGUUUAACCUCUUUGCUGUCGGAAGUGUAACUCCACCUCUGGCAGAGUCAAUGGUGCAUCAUUAGCCAGCCUGGAACAAGAUUUCCUGGCUGGCUGAUGUCAAUUCUGUGCAAAUUUCCAUGAUCGUAAAUCAUUUGUUGCUGGAGAGCGGCCAACUGAUGCACUCAUCCAGGCUUAUGUAGCUCUGACCAGACAUGCAAGGAGACCAAUAUUCCCCAUAACCAGACAACAACGCCAGCAUACUUGUGGUUAUGGUGCUUGGUGUAACCUCUAACCUUUUAGACACCCUAAAAUGGCUUUUUAUUUGUUCUGUGCAUUGUUUAUAAAGUCCAGGUGGGGAAAUUGUCAAAAUAAACUAGAAACUUUAAAAAAAAAAUGAAAAAAAAAUUUCAAGCACAGUGUAUGUCUAAUGUAUCUGGGGUUUGCGAGUGGGGGAGGGGAAUUAAUGUCCAUGGUUUACAUUCUGGCCGUUUCGAUCCCAAUUGGUGGUGCCUCCACAAUUUUUUUUUUUAUUUUUUUUUAACUGAAUAAACCAUGCCAGUAUUGCUGUACAGUUUACUUCCCAAACCGGGGAUCCAGAGAAAGCAUUCUCAGCCAAUUGGAAUCCAGUAUUUAACAAUGGAUAUUGAAUCUAGAUACUUCUUUGUGUAACUGAUUUUUAAUAUUCUAUUUUAUGUCCAAUAAUUUCAGUUUCACGUUUAUGGAUUUCCUCUGUUUGUUCACGUUUUUUUUGUUGUUGCAAUUUUCUGUUCUUGGUAGUAUCCAUUUCUUUUUGUAAUGUUUGAGGAAUGGCUAGGUGGACCCUCUAUGCAUCUUGUGAGCAAAGCUACUGAAAGAUCCUGAUGUCUGUUCUUUAUUGGCACCGCUGGGAUUACAGACUAGGAAACGUACAGAACGGCAGAAAUGACUUCUUUUGUGCAAAACAAAUAAAUGCCUGCCGCCCUUUUUAUAAUUUGAGUGGAACUGUCACGUGUAGUAUUUGUAAAGGGUUUAGUUAAAUUUCACUGUCAACCCUGCCUUUUGACAAGUCACAGCCAGAGCCCUUCAUGGAGAUCAGCUGGCAUUAACUGGAUUCCUAUCUCUGCUCAGACAAACUUCCACAAAGGAGUGCCCUUUGAAGUCAUUUUAAAGUCAACAAGGACAGCUUAAACCCCACCCCUCCAAAAAAGCUAAUUACUCUUAUGUACACUUAAAGAACUUAUUUUGAUACUGUGUAUCAAAAAUAUACAGCCCUAUGUUCCAUUAUGCGGACUGAAAGGAACGUUUCAUACAAGGUUUCACUUGAAUUCACCUACAGUCUAUUAACGUUUUGUUAUGACCCAAUUUAAAAAAUCAAAAAAAAUCAAAUAGCCAGUACAGAGUAUGCAAUCUGUACGUACAUAGCUGAAAGUUAUGAGCUUCUAUCAGUUCUGAACAAGUCAAUGUUUACAGUGCCAGACAGAGGAGAUAUGCUCAUAUACACUUCCUCACCAACCGCCAACAACAGUCCUGGAGUUAAACAAAAGUUGUCUAUUUAUCCGUGACCUCUGACAUUUGCUAACAGCCUUGAUUAUUGCUAUCACUGAAAGCAUGCUGAUAUGGCCAGUUCAAAGAAGAAGCUUGUUCCCAAUACUUUUUUCUCAAAAGGCAAAAAUUUCUUGACAAGUAUUGUUGAAUGAAAACAAAGCACAGUGCUACCACCAUCAUUAAGUUUGGUGUUUAAAGGACCACUAUAGGCACCCAGACCACUUCAGCUUUAUGAAGUGGUCUGGGUGCCAGGUCCAUCUAGGAUUAACCCUUUCUGCUGUAAACAUAGCAGCUAUGUUUACCUAUGUGUUAAUCCAGCCUCUAGUGGCUGUCUCAUUGACUGCCGCUAGAGGCGCUUCUCAUUGAGAAUGCUUUCCUAUGGACUGCUUGAAUGCGUGCGCGGCUCUUGCCGUGCAUGUGCAUUCAACCAAUGACUGGGAAAGGAGGCGGAGAGUCCCCACCGCCGAGGAAGCCCGGCGGUGGAGAAAAGGUAUGUGUUUAGCCCCUUCCUCACCCUAGAGCCCCGUGGGAGUAUGUUUUCCUGGCACUAUAGUGGUCCUUUAAUUGUUGGUGAUCAAGCUUAUCCCCCUUAAGAAAACUGCUUCUGAAGUAAAAUGGAAUCAUGACAGAAUAUUUCAGUUGUGUCCUUAAGCAGUUAAAUUAAGAUAUUGAUUUUCCUUUAGAGCUUCACUAGGCCUCUGUAACAAUUGCUAACUGUGUAUUUAUUAAAGCGUAUAUUUGUGUGUAUGUAUAUGUGUGUGUGUAUAUAUGUAUAUAUAUAUAUAUAUAUAUAUAUAUAUAUAUAUAUAUAUAUAUAUAUAUAUAUAUAUAUAUAUAUAUAUAUAUAUAUAUAUAUAUAUAUAGUUUUAGUUUUAUCUGACUUCCUCCCCCCAAGUUCUUUAUGGUUACUGUGUUGCAUUCCCCCCCCCCAAUUUAUAAUUAUACUGAGGCUUUAUCAUUAAGCAGAUGUUUUCUAUUUUGAAAGAAAGUAAAUGAUUGCAAUUAACCAGAUGCUGAACUAAGGGCGCAGGGCCAUUCAUCCUUCUCUGUGCAAGAGCUGAGUGUACAAUUCCUGAACAUGUGUAAACAUUCUAAGCAUUUUUUUUUUGUUUCUUUUGGUUGAAGUGAGGCAGAUUAUAGAAAUCUUGUCAUUUACUAAUUUUGUGUAAUUUUUGUUUUAAAAUAUAUUUAGUUUUACAUUGUGAUUUAACUUUAAAAAAUUUUUAAAGCGACCUGUAACAAAAUAAAGUUUGGGGUGGGGGUUAUUUUGUUUUAGUCCAUUUUUUAUUUAUUUAUUUUUAAAUUGCAUGCAUGUGUGCCACUGCCUAUAUAUCUGAAAGUCUACGUGUUUUUGAGAUCAUGAAAACAUUUUUAUUGAAACAUCUGUUUCCAAUUAUGUUUCAUACGAACCAUAAUUUAAAAUGUUCAUUUUGGAUGUAGUGUUUAAAACAUUUUUAUUUUUACGCAUACUCCAUGCUACUUUCAAAUAGGUUUUUAUAGACCAAUCUUUUUGAGAGGAUUCAGUGUUUGCAUAAGUACUUAUCAUAGUUUUUGUGUUCUCCUGGUAUAGAUAUUCUGAUGUAUCCCUAUUUUCCAUAGACAUUUGGUUGAACUGGACACAUCUAAGAUGGAAGGUACAAAUCUUCCCCAGAUGGUGUUACCACUCCAUUUCAUAGAUUUGACCUGGUUCUUGUAAGCGAAGCAACAUAAAAAUAGUCAAGUGGAACAGGAGUGGAUUAUUUUUUAUUUAUUUUUUCUGGAGAAGCUCUUGGCUAUUUUGUUUCUUGAACCUGCCAUCUUGCUAUUAAACAAGUCUUAGGGCACGAAUUACCAAGUGAUCACGUGUGUCCGUCAUGAUAGACAUUCACCACUGCGGGUUGAGUUUUCAGCAGAAGACCUUGCAGUUGAAGUAGGUAACGAUGGGCCUGAAUGCCACAUUGCUGUAUCCAGAACCAGGGAACUGAUGGCCAGUCCAGACAAAAAUGAGGUCAAGAAAGUGGCAGAACAAAUCAAAGCCUGGGAAGGACAUUCUAGAACACAGGCAGAAAUGUGCUGGGUAUAGGGUGCUACAAAACUGAACAAGAAAAGUGUUGGUUAUAUGGCAGUUGAGACAUAUUUAAAAAAGUUACUUUUAAGUUGGUUAUUUUGGAAAAACCCAUAUGUUGCAUUGGAAUUAAAACCUUUGUCUUUAUAAAUUCCAAAUUUCUGGUAAAAGAUGGAUAGAUUUUUUUUAUUUUUAUUAGAGUUACACACAUAGUAGACAUCUGUGUCAAUAUAUGUAAUGAAUAAACUAUUGAGGAAUACUUUAAGGCUAGACAUGGUUCCACAAACAAAAUCAUAAAAAAGGAGUGUGAAAAUAAAAUAUUAUUGAUAGAGGCACUAUAGGUUUAAGGUCACUAGUCAGUUUAUGACUUGUCCUACGCUGCAGGCGGUCAGCUGACUAGGCUGCUUAUCUAUGGGUUAUAUAUGUUCGUAGGUCGCGUACCUCUAGGCAUAAAACUAAACACUCAUAGCCAUGUUUCAGAAGGACGAACUGAAAAAUUAAAGAAAAGUGAAAUGAAGGUAAAGAAAAAUUAACGAAGGCAUCAAAAGCAUUUUGGGACUGUUCAGGGUGCUUAUAUAUGUGCAAGGCUUGGGAGAGUGUCACUGGACCAAAUUAUGUGGGACCACUCACUCUGGAGCCUUCUUCUUUUGUGGUAUGUCCACUCGGUGUGUCUCCUCCAAUGUGGUAGCGGCCAGUAGGCCAAAAGAUUGGAUCUAUAAUCUGCUUUCCGUUUUUAAUUAUUGCCAUUAUCCAAAAGCUCAUCUUGUCUUACAAUGUGCAACUGACGCUUGUAACAUUGCAUCAAACAUGCGCAAGAUCAAAUGUGGUUCCUGUUUUCAAGUGGAUUUCUCUGUAGGAUCCUGUUUUGUGCGGAUUUGCAUGGGUAUAUGUACAAAUCUGAUUUUGCCCCAGUUUCAGAGAUUUUUGAGGCCCACCUCUAAAACCACCAGCUCCCUCUAGAGGCUUAUCGGCAAACUUCAAGAUUAAUGAACAAAAUAUAAACACCAGAGCAUGAAUAGAAGGGAAAACACCACAAAAACAUUGUUUGCCAAUAUUUAUUUAUUUAUUUAUAAAAUAUUUUACCAGGAUGGAUACAUUGAGAUUUCUCUCGUUUUCAAGUAUGUCCUAGGUCCACAACAUUGCAUUGUUACAAUAUUACAAAAAUAAUAGAUAUCAGGUAAUAAAUAUAUUCAACCAUGACUGGUGCAUUCUGUGCUCAGGUAUAUUGCCAUAGAUCUCUUAAAAGAUUUUAGGUUGAAUGAAGAUUUGACUGUGUCCCUGAGGUUAUUCCAUAAUUGCUGUGCUCUGUAGGAAAAGGAGGAUCGAGCCACUUUAUUUUUGUAUUGCAGUAUGCUAAAUAUCGUGCUAGUACUGGAUCGGAGGUUAUAGGAGGUGGGAACAAUGGGGGAGAGCAUUCUAAUCCGGUAGGGUGGGAGCUUCCCAGAAAUGCUCUUAUGCACAAGGCUGGAAAGAUGAAGAGUGUGUCAGGAUUCCAGCAAUAGCCAGUUUAGCUCUUUUAACAUGUGACAGUGAUAGGUAAACUAAUUACAUUCUAGUAUAAAGCGGCAGAAUGAAUUAUAUAACAUAUUAAGUUUAUUAAGGUGGGUUAGCUGUGCGGGUGCAUACACUACAUCCCCAUAAUCAAUGACCGGCAUUGGCAUUUGUGGCAUUAUCUGUUUCCUUACUGUAGGGCUUAGGCAGGAUUUGUUUCUGUACAUGGCACCUAGUUUUGGGUAAAGUUUUGAAGAGAUUCUUUCAAUGUGAAGGCCAAAGGAUAGAUUGGGGUCUAGCAACAUACCUAGCUAUUUAAAAGAGCAGACUGCUGUCAGUGUGCUAUUUGAAUUUAUUCUAAAACACAGUUGUUGAUUUUGUAGUUUAUGUAAUUUAGGUACAGUUCCAAAGAUUAUUGUAACAGUUUUGUCAGUGUUUAGGAAGAGUUUGUUAUCCGCUAUCCACUUUUCUACCUCUGUAAAUCGGUUUUGGGGCACAGCCUUAAGCUGCAGUAGCUCGGGUUUACUAGCGUAGAUUACAGCGUUGUCUGCAUACAUGUGUACAGUUGAGGAUUUGCAGACGUUGGACAGAUCAUUUAUAAAUAAUGUGAAUAGCAGGGGGCCGAGUAUGGAGCCUUGGGGAACACCACGCGUGACUGGAAGACGGAGGGAGGCGCUAUCAGAAAUGGCCACCUAUUGCAAUCCGUCUGAAACCUACGAUCGAAACCAGGUUAGCGGACGAUCACCAAUGCCUGAGUUUUUAAGUUUUUGCAAAAGAAUGCCAUGGUCUACUGUAUCAAAGGCCUUGGCAAAAUCAAGGAAAAUAGCUCCAGUUAAGUCUCCUUGUUCCAUGCCAGUUUGAAUGUCAUUGCAAACUUUUAAGAGACUUAAAUGCAAAAUUUGUCAACACAUCAGAAAAAAUAAAAUAUACCACAAAAUUAAAAUGCGGUGCAGAAUGUGAUAAGUUCAGCGGCCAGGUUUGCUGGCCUUCUUCUAAAAGUCGGUUCAAUAAGUUUUUCAGGAUCUCAAAAUUAAUCUGUUUACAGUAAUAUUUAAUAUGAGCCAUAACUUUAAAAUGUUAAUUUCCAUAGUUUUGGAAGUGGAUUUAUGAAUCGGAAAGAAUGCAUGUGUCCAUCUUAGCUGAAGUCAAAAGUGAUCUGAAUUCUGGAUUUCUUAACAUUCUAGGAGUUUUUGAAUGUCUGAAAAGUGGUUGAAGGUAGGCUUGCUGCACGCACAUUUGAAAUGCCACGCUAGCAGAUUUCACUGCCAUGCUGAAGAUAAAAUGUGAUGGCAAAGAAGAUCAAAUAAUGUGUAGAUCCAAGAAUGUUUAAAUCUCGGCAUCUGAUCGCAAUUUGACUAACACAUUAUGAUGAAAUAUUAUUCUCUUUGAAGUUGGGCUCAGCCAUCUUUUCCAUAACUUGCCAUUUUAUAUCCAAUAUCAGAAUCUGUUAAAUUAAAGCAACACUCCAGGAUGGAUACAUAAUAUCGACGAGGCGGGAAAAUAAAUGCAAAAAGUAUGGAAACUUUUUUUUUGUAAAAAAAAAUAAAAUAAAAAAAUGCACAUUUUGAAGUGCUUGCAUAUUGCCUAAAAUGAAGAGGUUAUUGUGAUUUAUUUUGCUUCUUCUUUCAAACGGUAAUGUUUUAAAAUUUAAUAUUUUUAUUUAUUCACUUUUAAUCUUCUAUAAUUUAAAACUACAUGGAUAUUUGUGAGUUUAAAAUAAAAAAUCUGUACUAACUGAAUUUGGGGUGUUCCUACUCCUUAACAUAGGGAGGCAUGUUUGUAGACUUGGUCUGUAGAACAUGCAAAAGAGCAGUAAAUGCAAAACUGCAGCUUGCUUUGUUGCAAAAUAAUGAGGUUGGUUAUGCUCAGGAGAUUUAAUUUUUAUUUGUGGCUGCCGAGCAGGGAAAAAAUCCUGACAACAAGCCUCUUAUUGAAUAGGUCAUGACGAUGUGUUGUUCAGUGAGUUACAUUUUAGUGGUGACUGAAAACCAAUGGCACCAUAGACUCCAAGAGCUCCACAGCCAGUCUAAGUUAAUAGAAAGAUUAAUGGGUCUAUUAUCAAUUCUAGAAGACCUCCCUCCCCUUGGCCAUGGCCAUAAUCUUAAAAACUUCUAGAUGUAUAGAUACAUCACUAUUUGAUUUAUGGACUGUGUAGAGUCUGCAUUUCAUGGUUUUAAGAUUUGUUUAAUCAAGUAGAACAUGGAAUGUAUUGAGUUCGCUGUAUGUUCUAUCCGUUUUACAGGAAGGUUUAUGCCUUUUCACUAGAUGAUGUAUGAAUUUCAAUUUGCAAAGCUAUGUGUUCACAGCUUGGAUGAAUUAGGUUUGCCUGAGCAAUUGCUGCAUUAUGUGAGCUAAUCAGUAGAGGGCGCUGUGUCCUAAAACUAGGGGACUUUUUAAAGGUGCAAUAAAAAUAAAUGUUAUUGAUGUAACAAAACCAUGGUAAAAUCAAAUACUUUUUAAUUUUAUGGAAAAUUGGGUUAAAAUGAUUGUAUAAUAGGUAUUGUAAGCAUGAGCUAAGAGAAACAUUGCUUCUUUUAAUAUAUAUAAUCUCAUCUACAUAUUAGUGUUUUCAUUUGCUAAGGAUACUAGUAUAAAUCUGGAUAAGGUAAUUCAUAAUUAACCAUAAAAGUAUUUCUAAACAAAAUAUGUAACCACAACCCCUUAAAAAAAUGUUUGGUUUUUAAAGGGACUGAAUACCACCCAUUUUUUUUAUUUUAUUCUAUUUAUUUUUUUAAAUAUAACUUUUUGCCCAUUCUGUUAGUACAGAAUGGGCUCUCCCCUGCCCAUAAGCAGAAGGCGUGUAGCGUGUUGGGAAAUGUAAUAGCUGCUUUUUUUUAUACUUUAGUCAUAUUAUUUUUAAAAAUUGUUUGGUUUGUUUUUGUUCCUAAUAAACAAAAUUUGUUAAAUGCAUAUUUUGUGCAUACUGUGAAAAGGAUUAAAAUCAGACAUUGGAUUUUAUUUAAAUAUAAUGGAAUUCUAUAGAAAUAUAUUGCUGUUCAGUGCAAACACCAAUCAUACCUUGGCCACAGCAAUAUUAAAUGGCAUGUGACGUCCACAGAAUUACUGUCAGAUAACUGGCCAAAUUGGUAAGCGUUUUUUAAAUGAUCUUGGGUGACCUUAUUCACCUCUAUAUGGAAUUGCUUCCUAAAUGAACACCCUGUUACAAUUUUACUUUGAAAGUGCUCUGUACAUGUAGCAUACCGAAGGGACCGCCCUAUUUUAUUGGAUAAUUAAAGUUGCUGUAAAUAUUUCCUGUGGAACAUUUAAUUACAAAUAAAAGUAGAGGCAAAGUAUCUACCUUUUGAAGAGCUAGAAUUGUUACAUUUUACAGCAGAUGUUUAUUUGGGUGCAAUUUUACAAAAAUGUUUCCAUGUGCUCUAAACCGGAUUGCAUGGGGCUUGUUUAUAGCGCACUAGUGAAGUUACAAUAACUGUUUUAAAAUCUGUUUCUUUCCUCAUAGAUUGAGGGAGAGGCAUGUAGCUUUUGGUAAGAAUGUAUAAAAAGAUAAGUAGCUUUUGACUUUACUAUAUGCCUAUUUAAUAGCAUUUAUUUUUUAAUUAGUAGCCUAAUUAAAGAGAGACCCAGUUUGACUCGAUUGCUGAAGUAAAUUGUCAGUGAUGUCAGACAUUCCUUUCGAAAUAUUGUCAACAUUAUUCUGAAACGGCAUCUUCCUAUAUAAUCUAUUUACAAAAAAAACCCUAAAAAACAUGGUAAUAUGUAAAGUAGACAAAUGCAUAGUAGGGAUAAACUUACUCCUAGUUUACAAUGGCUUUAUGCCAAACUAAUUCAACUUACACUCAGGAACAUUAGCAAGACCCUCCCCUGUCUGCCUUUCGUCUGUGGGUUUUAAUUGCAAUAAUUUGCAUAGAUCCCUGAAGCUAUAAGCCCAUCCCCUAACUUGAAUAUGUCAUGGAGAGAAGCCCCCAGCUGUACAAAUACUGUAUGGCAUGUGCCAUACUGGAUUAAGGUUUCCUUGCAAUUGUCCAAAUUACAGCAUAUGUGUUUAUGGUGGUAAUCUCCUCCCUACAUGUUAUAUAAAAUAAAUAUAACCAAAGGUAGGAGACACACAGAGCUGUUAAUUAAACUGGGAUUUGUCUGAAAUAGACCAUGUCAAAAUAUAAGGUCUUAAACUUAUCUAAUUAGACUAUUUUGGCCUAAAACCAGAAAUCCCCGGUGAAGUCUUAAAAAAUUCCCAGUUUAGCGAAUAAAGCAUAUUUGCAAUGUGUAGUUGGCGAACAAAACAUGGGAGUAAUUAUUGUCAAAACACGUGUCGACAUUCAAGAACAAAGAGUUAGGAGAAUAUUAAUCAAACUGUUACAGUAAUACUGAUGGUUUUCUAUCCAAUUUUGUGUUGAGUACAAGAAUUCCUUAGCAUUACUGGAAUAUUCACACUAAAUGGUUGUCAACAACACUCUAGGAUGUCAGCUACAGUAGCCAAUAACUUUAUAUAAAACCCUAUGUGCUCCCUUUUCAUUUAAAUAAAUAUUCGCCAGAUUCUUUAGUUAUCCUUAAGACUAAAGGCGUACCGUAAACUUUGCUUAGCUGUUCCUUUCUGGUGGAACCUUCUGAGGGGCUGAAAACAUUACCUGGUGUUGCUGUAUCUUACAUCCACUGGAGACCUGGUUAGGUCCGUCAUCAAUUCUCGGCUGCCUUUGUGCGUAGAACGAGUAUUUGGGUUUCCACUUUAAUGGCCUGUUUGGCACAUAGAGGACACACAAAUGAUUUAAAACUAAUAUAUCUUAACGUAAUGUUAAGACAACUUAGACACUAAAGGCACUUCUCCCUUAAGACCUUAACCUUUUUGAAUGUAUUCCUAUCUGGCAUCCUCACGCACAGCGAAUAUUUAUAGAUGGUAAGCUUGUUUGAGCAGGGUCCUCAUCAAACUAUUAUUCCUGUAAUAUUUUAUUGUCUAAUUUAUUGUUAAAUCUCCCCUUUUAUAACACUGUAAAGUGCUGCGGAAUAAGUUGUUACUAUAUAAAAUCAUAAUAAGUAUGAUAGUCUAUAUGACCUUAAACCAGCAAUACAACACCAGCAUCAAUGACUCACUUUUGCAAAAAUGCAGAAUUGCUCUUGACUUCAAAAUCUGAUAAAAUACCUUGACUAUCGUAUGGGUAGGCUUUUAACUUUUCUGCUGUCAGAUCUCUUAAAAUGCCCAUAUAAAUAUGUAUCAGUCUAUUUAGUUAAUGGGAUUUUCUAGUGCCAGGCAAACAAACCCAUUUUCCUGGCACUGUAGAAUCCUGGAGUGCCGCCCCAUCCCAAGUUAAACCCCCUUCAGUUACUUACCUGAAUCCAGCUCCGAUGUCCCUCGGCACUAGGUCAGGCUCCUCCCCUGCUGACAUCAGCCAGUGGGGGAAACCAAAUGCGCAUGCACGCAUUAGACCUCCCCAUAGGGAAGCAAUGCUUUCCUAAUGGGGGUUCCGGUGACGCCGGAGGUCCUCGUGCAUAGCGUGAGGACGUCCAGCAUCGUUUAAACAACUAAAAGUAGUAUAAGAAGCCAGAAGUCCCCCUAAUGGCUGUCUGGUAGACAGCCACUAGAGGAGGCCUAAACCCUGCAAUGUAAUUAUUGCAGUUUAUAAAACUGCAGUAAUUACACUUGCAGGGUUAAGGGUGAUGGGAGUUGGCACCCAGACCACUUAAAUGGGCUGAAGUGGUCUGGGUGCCUACAGUGUCCUUUUAAUGAAAAAUCAGUGUCCUUUUCCCCUAGUUUUGUUUAGUGUAGCUGUGGUUUUAAACUGAAGUUCAUGCAAACACUGGAUGUUAGUAACACCUUUCAAAUACAGAGGCUGUGUUUGUUGUCUGUUCUGGUUAAAGAUACAAAUGACAAGAAUGCCUUCACCCUCUUUUGAAUAGCGGUUACCCCGAGACCAGCAGAAUUCGCUAUAUGUUCUAUACAGAGAUAACAUUCUUUGGCCUAAAAUAGUGAGGUGUUUUUUUCCCCCUUUAAUUACCCCUGCAAAGAAGCAUACCUUUGUAAAGUCUGCUCUAAAUCAAUUUUAUUUACUCACAUGGCAAAUUGCCACCUAGUUAAUUUGGCCAGACAACAAAUGGGACUUUAACCGCUCAGACUGAAAUGCUUUAGACAAAGUGUAACUGAGGUUUGUGUGACCAGCUGCAUUAAGAGGACAAUGUAAAGGAGUGAAAUCACUCUGAGAAAUGGAUCAGUGAACAGUAACGAUAUUCUGACACUUUCACGAAAUGUGUACAUUGUUUAGUGUGCGCAGUUAAUAUUAAAUGUGGUGUUGCUGGUUAAUUGGUUAAAAAAAUUACAAUAAAAAAAACAGGCAUUAUAUGGGUUCUGCUAAUUGUAUUGGAUUUCACACAUACAGUAUCAUCCAAAUAUUCUGCAUAUUGCUUUACAUAAUCGUUAAGAGAGAGACCAGUCACUCUCCAAAGUCAAAGUAUGUUUCUCAUACAGUUUUGGUGGGAGUAAGCGACUGAUAUGGUUGCUUAUAGAAUUCUUGGCUGAAACGUGGAGAUUUGCAGUCACUUCCUGCAUGAAAUUGUGAGCGUUGAGGUGUUUGCUUUGUCAUUUUGUUUACUUUAUUAAGUGCAAUUUUUCCUCCCUAUAAGUGAUAUUACCAUUGGGAUAAGUCUACAGUCCUUUGAUAUUUGGUUUUAAACAUUAAAAUUAAAAUUCAGGAAUAUUAAAAAAAAAUAUAUAUAUUUUUUUCCCCCCCAUCUCUACAUCCAUUAGUUGGAAUGGUCUCUGUAUCUACCAUACAAUGAUCAGACCAGUGAACAAGUUGAGACAAAGUUUGUGGGGUUUUUUUUUUUGUGUUUUGUUUUCUUGCGGAGGGUGGGCUUGAGUGGAAGAAAGCAGUAACCUGUGCUGUCUGUGUCUGGUGACUGAGCUAUUGUUAUGUUAGUUGACAGUAACACCUUUGUAUAGAAAUGUAAAGAACUUUCAAAAUGAGCUGAUAACCACAUCCCUGAAGUAUCACAUCCACCUGUUUCCAAUGGAAAUCACUUCCACAGAUUGGAUAAAGAUUCCGGAGUAGCAAUUUCCCAUUUUACUGAAUGACUUCACAUCUUACUGAUGUCCCUGUACAAUACCUCAGCUACAUGCAUCUAUUGUGCAGGUGUGAUAAUGCUGAGGAAGGAAGUCCAUUAACUCCUUUUAUUUUCUCCCACUCCCCACCUUCAUCACUCAUGUCUUAUCAAAACUAUUCAGUUUACUUACUCAAAGAAGCGGAGGGGGAUCGGUAUUUGUCUCUAAUUCUCUGUGGCUUAAAAUUUUAGUCAUAUGCUACUAGCCAAAUAUUACGUUAUUUUCAUUAGGGGUGAAUUUCUACUUUCCACAGCUAAAUCUUCACUUACAAAUGGCAAUUGGAAAUUUUGAACCCUGUGUGUGUAUGUGUAUGUAUGUAUGUUUUGAACCCUAUGUGUAUGUAUGUAUGUAUGCUCCUCCCCUGCUGACAUCAGCCGGUGGGGGAAACCAAAUGGGCAUGCACACAUUAGACCUCCUCAUAUGGAAGCAGUGUGUAAUAAAUAAAUAUAUAUAUAUAUAUAUAUAUAUAUAUAUAUAUAUAUAUAUAUAUAAUAUAUAUAUAUUUGUGUGUAUAUAGUGUUUUGUUUUUAGGGAUGUGGCAACAUUGGUCUGUUUUUAUGAAAAGUGACAGCAGAUUCUGUCAUUCUAGAAUGGCACAUAGUGGUGGGGGCCUAAUAGACCAGUGUCAGAUUUUGCUACUUUCUAAACGUGUGCAGUGUGUCAGAUAAUCUCCUUAAUCCUGUAAUGAAUUGGUGCUGAAUCUUACACCAACAUUUGUGAUUAUUGAGGGUACAGGUGACCUACUGGACCACCUGUGCACAAAUAAUGAGAUGCUGCUCCUUAACAAGACAGGUUAUAAAUCUUUCAGUGACCAGACUAUCCUAAGGAUGAAUUUGGUUUGUCCUGACUUAUCUGGUAAUAGAGAAUUCAAGACUGCUGCAAUUAUCCAAUUUGUUAGUUGUAAUUAUGGCCAUUGGGCAAUUAACGAAAAAUCUUCUACACUUAUAAGCGCGUAUUAGGCCUUCCCCAUAGGAAAGAAAUUAAUGCCUUACUAUUUGAAUUUUGAAGAUGCUGACGUCGUCCUAAUUCAAAGCGUGAGGACGUCCAGCCUCGUUUCAUGGAGUUAAAUGCCGUGUAGAUCUAGAGGUUGUCUAACUGCAAUGUUUACAUUGCAAAUUUAAGAGAACAGGGACACUGCACCCAGUCCACUUCGAUGAGAUUAAGUGGCAUAAGCUUUAUAUGAGGGAUACAAGCCAUGACAUGUCCCUGACGUGGAAUGAAAGACAAGGUUUAAUUUUGUUUAUUUCUGUAUAUUGUAGAUUUUCUUUGCAGAUACGAACACUUAUGCCAAUAGACCUUGUAAUCACUUUGAUAAGAUAAUAUAAACACAAUGGCUGUCCAGAAUAUGUAAACUGAGAGCAUCUUUCUCUACAAGAUGGUUUAUCAGUCAACUUGCAAACAAUCCCUUAUCCAGGCUGGGCUUUGUAAUUUAGACUUCCCAUCAGAAGGCCAAUCAGUGAGAGCUGAUUCGGUUUGUGGUGAUUGCAUUAUGCAUCCAGAUACCACUCUAUUGUAUCUAAGCACAUUUACUGAUUUUGGGACCUGGUCUGUCUAAUCAUUAGAGGCUGCACAUGCAUUAACAUAUUAGAACAAUCUGCUACUUCAAUCAUAAACUGUUAAGUAAAACAAACUCACUCCCAACAGAGUGUAGAUCUGCACUGUGCCAUAAACGCUGACAUUUUGUUUAGUAUAUCCUCUCUGUGAUGUUACCCGACAGUCAGGGAUUCCAUUUGUGGUAUAUUGCCCAUGGGGUAGGGCACACAUGCCUGCUGCCUAAAAGAUACUCCUUGCUGAUUGGUAUAACUUUACAACCUAUGAAUAUUAAUUGUAAAAAUUCCAUCUUUUAAAUGAGUUGUUGGAUUCUGCCUCUAGGUCCAUACACAAGGAUUGUUUUACAAAGUAUGUAAAGUAUUUGAAAAGAAGAUGAGCCUGUUGCUGUAUUUAUUCAGUGACCCAUUCCAUAUUAAGCAAAUCCUCUAUUCUUAUGCCAACAAAAAACCAAUGGGCAAUUUAUUGAAAUUGUAAUAAAAAAGCCAGUACCUUAACCGCAUUACUGCAUACAUCCUUUACAAUUGGGACUUGUAGCAUAUUGCUACAUGUAUAAAGAUUAAAAUUGCCUUCCCUUAACAUCCAUUGAGGAGAUACGGAUAAAAUCCGUGGUUUCUGUAGGAUCUCUGACCAGACUUUUUGGUUUCGAACUGGAGAUAGUGUAGGUUGGACUAUUGCUGUUUUAUUGUUGAAGAAUAAAGAUCAAAAGAGGGACAUCAGAAUAAGACUUGACGUGUAUCAAAGCCAACUCGCCUUCUUAUCCAUAACACAGAAACUGUUAAGCCUGAUAAUAAUAAAAAGGACCUAAAAAAAACAAUAUACCAUGCUUAAGAUUUUAAUAUAUUGGCCUCAUUCUGUAAUGGAACAUUGUGAACAUCAUCAUUAUAUGAACAUUCCCACCCCGUAACAACUUAAUCUCAAUGAAGUUGUAAUGGGGUGAACUGCCGCACACUUUGUAGGGCAGUCGGAGGAGGAGAAAAGAGGCAGUGUGGCUGGGUGCUUGGGGUGGGGCAGGGUUAACUUUGGGGUGAAAGAGUUAAUAAAACAGUUUUAACCCAUGAAGGUAAGGUGGCGCCUAGUCACUUUAGCUAUUAUAACUUCAUUGAUGUUAAGUUGUUAUGGUGUCUGCACAUUGCAGACAUCUGACAUCCAUUCAAAGUGCUUGAGUGUGAAGAAACUCUUUAUAAAGUGAACCAAAAAUCCGAGCUAAUCCGUCUGAAUUUCAUUUUUGAAAAACCUACUUAAAAUAAGUUAAUUUUAAAUCGUUAAAAUGUUAGUUUAUAAAAAAAAAAAAAAAGACAAAAUAAAAUACCAACAAGCAUCAUGGAGUAGUAUUUGUUUGUUUGAACAGAGAGGAGUAAGAAAGUAUACAGAAAUAAAUAUUGGCUUGAUCUUCUAACCCAGAAAAGACUUCCGUUUUUAGCAAAAGUUACAUAAUCAGUGUCCGUAACUUUAACCAUUCCCCGCUCGUUUGCAGAAAUUGUGUUCUUGAGCUUUUCCCCAGGAUGGAAGGACACAUCAGGAGCUGUCUCCGUGACUUUAUUAUCCAAACCUUCCUUUAAAUAAUGUGAUUAGUGGACAGACUAAUGCCUGCCCUAGCAUUAAGUGGUUCAGUUUGAAUACGGUAUAAUUUCAAGUAAUGCUUCUAUUAGUCAGCUCUACUACUAGCUGUAUCUAUAAAUCUCUCAGAACACCACCAUUAUUUUUGGAGUUAUGGAGGAAGUUUUUUGAAUUACAAUACACGGACAGUGACUAGGUUGUGGUUAAGCCUUUGUCUGUCCACAUCAAGAGUUGACUAAUAUAGACGCGUUCACCCCAGUCAAAUGAGAGACCUUCGAGGUAAUUGCAGUAUGUGGCAUACUAGCCCUUUUUAUGGUUUUCAUCGUAUCAGAUGUUUGUGUGGCCCUUGGCAUUUUAACACCUGGCUGGAAAAUGCCUGGAGCUAUGUAGUUCCUUCCAAAAGCAUUCAGGCCUAUUUGUUUUUGGUUUUCUUUGUCAUUUCUUGUUCUCUUCCUUCAAAACCCCACAAAAGCCUUUAUCACAAGCGAGCACAGGUGAUUGCCUCACAUUUGGAGAAGAGAGGAUAUUUAGAGUUUUUGCUGUGGAAUCCAUUAUAGAAUGUCUGCCAUAACAUUCCGAGAUCUGUAGAUCACAUGACUUGCACCAGAUUUUAAAUUGUCACUCUAAUCACUCCUCACCCUUUUUGUCUAUAAAAUGGUCUGAUAUUUUGCCCUGAAUAGUUGAGCUUUUUCGCUUUGCAAUUAUUUAGUAUAAAAGCACAAACUGGUCUUGUAUCUACCACAAACUCCUAUCCCAUUUGCAUUUACAGGUCAACUUAUGAACCUGCGUACAAUGUGCCCACCGUGUCACAUUAUAAACCUAGAUCUAAAACGAAAAAUUACGACCGUGUAACAAAUGUUAUCCAUAGACAGGAAGUUAUUCCCUAUAUUGUAAGCGCAUCAAAAGAUGUGCACACUCCAAUUUUCAAUUUCGUUAUUGAUUUUCUAGGACACCUGAAAACUGCUUGACUUGUGGGAUUAUAUUAAAACAUAAAAUUACCGCCUUAUAUUUUAUGUUGGGGAUUUAUUUAUUUAUUUUGAUAAAACUUUAAGAAGAGAAAAAUAAUUUACAAUUGCAAGUCAGGGCAAAGUUUGCAAAUGAAGAGGAGAUUCUAGAAACCUAUUCAUUCCUCCUGUUAUCUGUAUGCUUUCCCUGCACUGACUGCCAGGUGUAAAGGACAGCAUUUAUAACAAUGAUUGACAGGGAGUGAAGACAUAGGCACCCAGCUGUAGGAUAAAGAGGUGUGAAUUGAAACAUUUAACUUUGUUGCACACUGCACAAAUACACUUAAAAACAUUCCCCAUAUUUCACUAAUCAUGUUUAUUAAAAAAAAAAAAAAAAAAAAGUAAAGUCUCCAUUGUUCUUUAAUACAUCAUGUGAUUUCAAGACGUAACUGCAAACAAUGUUGUUCAGAAAUGAACAUACUUUGUCUAAAAUAUUCUAUAUUUGAGAAAUUAACUAUAUGAAAUUAUAGAUGAAAGAGAUACAACAAUGGUCCACCAGAGUCGUAGUGGUUGUCGGAUACUACGGGGCAUAACCCCAAAAGAAAAAUAGAGAAAGAAAGAGAAAGUAGGACAAAAUAGAGAUAUAAUCGACAAUAUCUCUCUAUAUGAAAUAAUUUAUAUAAAAUAAGGCCCAAUAUAAAUCCUGUUUAUAUACUUGUAUUUUUUAUUUAUUUUUUAAAUUGUGAAAACAAUUUGUUUGGAACUUGGUUACGGAAAAGACCAUAUGUCUGAGGUUGUCUGUCAUUGAAAAAGUCCCAACAGGUUUAUUACCUGUGAGUCAAAUGGGAAUACUCAGGUAAGCCUAGUGAUUCGGAAUGAUGUAGAUCAGCUCCAGGUGUGAAGCAUUGUUGACCUCUUUUUUUUUACUUGUUUAGACAGAAUGCUCUGAGCGUACUUACUUUACAUCCAAUAAUCAUUCCCCAAAUCCCUCAUCUGUUUCUCCAAUUCCCACCAUUAUUUUAACCUCUUAUUUUAUCAUUUGACAGAAAAUGUAAUUGUGUAUGUAAAUAAAUCGAUAUGUACUAAUUUCGUCUACAGACCAUGACCAUAGUAACAUAAAGGAGCAAUUUUCUUACAAAGGGACUGUCACAGUUUAAAUAUUGAACAUUAAAAUCUACUAGUAAUUGGUUAUUUUUUUUUUACUUUAGAUUUUGUGUGUGUUUUUUUUUAUUUAUUAUUUAUAUAUGUCUGUUUAUUUUUGUAAUGCGUAGGUAAUGAUUAAAAAGCUGCGACUCCAGCAUCCUAUCUAUAUUGUGUCUGAGUCAAAGCUGUUGGUCUGUCCUCCAACCGUACACUAAAUCACGCAUUUUACAACAUAAUGACAUACUUAGGAUUGACUAAAAUUAUUUGAAUAGUGUCACUUAUUGUCCACAUGUCUCCACAAUGUGCAGAAUGUGAUCUUCUGUUGGUUUAGAGAUUUAUAAUCUUAAAUUAUGUGUGGGUGUUGUGUAAAGAGUAAUUCUGGGGCAAAGUUCUAUAUAUGGAGCUAUCGUCAUGGCAACCAAUGGGCAAUUUCUGCUAUUUUUACAGACUCCCCGUUGGACUGGGAUUUAUCAAGAUGCAUAUUACCUUUGCUGUUUUGCAAUGUUUAAGCAUUUAAAUUUUUAUCUUCUAUGGGUGCUAGGUAUUGGCAAUUAAGUAAGCUAUGAUUUUCUGGCAUUAUAAACCAUUACCAGAGUACUAUAACUUCUCAAAUCAAUCUCUAUUCUGGAUGCUAGAAAGGAAGAGAAAUGUAUUUAUUUUUAUUUAUUUUUCUCGCAUACAGUGAUUUAGGGGAUUUUCAGCCGUACAUGGCAAUGUAAUUGUGUUUUUGGCAGAGAAGUGUGCCUCACCUUUAAAUGAUUUCACAGAUCCGAGCGAUGCACAUUUCCAAAGUCCCAUAAGACUGUAUUUCUGGGAAGAUCUUAAAGAAUCCUGUGCAAAGCCAGUCAGCAAUUUUAUUUUUUAAAAGAUUUCCUCCCAGAAUGAAAAAAUAACAAAAUAUAGUAGAAUAUAAAUGGUUUACUUUUCAUUCUCUUUAUAAUAGGUUACCUAAAUUAUUCUUGUUUAAAGGGACAUCUCGUUGAAGUGGUCAUGGUUCAGUGCCCCUGUCCCUUUAACCCUGCAAUGAAAAUAUUAGUUUUAUAGAAAACGCAAUGCUUAUCUUUCAGGGUAAAGACUUUCACAGACGGCCACUAGAGGUUCCUUCUGCAGUUUCACAGAGUUUAACUCUGUGGCACGAUGCUGGACAUUUUCAUGCUUUGCAUCCCCAGCAUCUUGCAAAUCCCCAUAGGAAAGUAUUGAUUUGUGCAUGCGCAUUGGGUUGCGAUUUGUACACAAGGACACAGCUUUGCUUUAUAUCCCUGUGGAGGUGAUGAACUGAUCAUCAUAAUUCUAAAGCUGAUAAAAUUAGUAUACAAUCUAUUGGGUGUUUAUAAUACUAUGUGAUUUAGUGUGUAUUGCCCCGAAGGUGCAUCCAAGCUUAGGAUGUUGUUUUAGUAGCAACCUGUGACUCUUGGGAUGCUUCCAAACUGAAGCCAAUAAUCUACCACCAGCCAGCAUGCUGUAAUUAUAGCCAUCAGAAAAUUAUAGUAGUUAGAACGCUGUGUAUAGGAUACCCCUGCUCCAGGCUGCUACAAUUACUUGUAUUUUUGGUUCCCAAUACCUAUCAUAAGGGAAUAUUAUCUUACAUAUAAAAUGGAGAUUUAAAACUAAAAACACAUUUGUAAUGAAACUUAUAAAAAAAAAAAAAAAAGAAAAUGUUGCUUAUGCUGUGGCAUUUCCAUGGAAACACAUUUAUUGAAUAAAGUUCUCUACUGAUGUCCUUGAUCUCGUACUUCGAUGGUAAAAUGAAUCAAAAGCUGAUCAUGUUCCCUUUUAUAGGGAGAAAUAUUCAUCAAGCGGAAAAUGUAAUUGAAUCUGUGAACGGGGGUGGGGAAGGUGGGGUGGGGAGUUGAGAAGGUAAAGUAAAGAGGUGACUGGGUUAAUGUGUUUCAAUAAAUAACUUGCUGCAGGGGAAAGUGACUACUUUAUCAUGUAAUACAUGAUGUGCAUUGCUAAUUGCGGAUGGUAAAAUGUCAAGAAUCUUGGUUGUGUUUUCUUGCAGGUGCAGCAGCUGUUCCUAAAUGUUAGAUCUGCGUGUGUGUAGUGUAAAUACAUGUAUAAGUAAGUGAGGGUGUGUGUGUGUGUGUGUGUGAGUGUGUUCUGCGUAUUUUUAAUUUUGUAACGAAUGUAUAUGUAAAAUUAAAGUGUUGCCCAAGGAAUACAUUUGCACAUCUUGAACACGUCUGCCCCGUCGUCUGGGCUCUGCAUCCCAGUGGUAUGAAGGAGCCAGUGUGCGACUUCAAAAACUGUGUUGAGGACAACUGCUUGUAACCAUUUGCAAAUUUAAUGCCUGGAGGAUAGGAAAUUUCAAAGAAACCAAGCCUUAACUUUUAAAUGACAAGAGUGUCUGCCCAGUUGAAUACCCUUCCAUUUUAAAUUUUUUUUUAUUAUUCUCAAAGAUGGCUGUUUUAGCCUAGUAAAAAUUUGCGCCGAUUUGUUGAGUUGUAAUAUGAAUGGUUUCGGUUUUAGUGGGUCCUUUAAUAGUUUGCCUUUAGGAAGUACAAACAGCCAUUUGUUUACAUACACUAAACUGUAGCCCUGAUAACAAUGUGGCUUAUUGUAUGGAGUGCUCAGACACAUGUGCAUAAAUGAAUCCCCCUUUCCUGUUCAAAAUGGAUAAAUAAAAUACUUUUGGGUCCAGAAGCCGUAAAUGGCUGCCUUUACAUUAGUUGUUGGACUAGAUCUCACAUACUGCCUGACUAGAUCCUAUAACAGCUAGGGGGUGCUGUUUGACAUCCAAGAUAAUGGCUCUGUUCCAGUCCUUAUUCAUGUCAUAAUUGCUUGAUGAUCUUAAAUGAUGUUUGGAUAUGAUUAACCUUAGCUGAUUAAUUCAUUGUACUUAAAACAAUGCUGGUUUUUAGGGAAUUAACUUGAACAAUAUCUGUAAAUUUAAUCUGGAGUUUUAAGUUCCAUAGUCCCAAAAGUGAAUUAUCUUGUGAAUUGAUUGUGUGUGUGUGUGUGCUGUAUCUGUCUAGCAAUUAGUAUCAGAUGUGAUUGGAGCAGGUUUUGUACAGUACUGGGAAUUGUUUCCUGAUUGUCAAGGAAUGUCUUGUCUUGUUCACAUGCAUGGGCUAUUUAUGUAGCCUCCUGUUGUGUUUAGAAGACCAAUGAAUUGAGGUUUCCUUUUCAUGCACAUGGGAGUGGGCAAGUUGCCUCUGUAUGGGAUCUAGGCUGUAGGAAGUGGAGGGAGCUGGUUGAAGUCCAUCCCAGUUCACUGUUGUUGGAAUUUUUGAAUGCAAGAUCAUGAAUGGGUGGGCUGGGUCUGUGACAUUGUGAAUAAGUAGAGGGGUGGACUCUUAGAAGUACAGGUAGGGGAUAUGGUCUGAACUCUCAUUUGGAAAACAGAGAGGAAAGACUGUGGACUAAGUUUAAUCCCAGGGAUGUUUGCAGCUGCUUUGUAGAGAUACUUUGCCCAGGAUUCUAAAUUACCAUUUUAAGAUUCUAUCAGGUAAGGGUAUUAUACUUUUUUUAUUCUGGGUGACAUUUCUGCAUGCUUUUUUUUGUUUUUUAUUUUUAUCCUUAUCCAUGCAAAUAUACUUUCUAAAAUGUAUUGAUUUAUUUUAUAUACAUAGUUUGGAUUUUGUUUUUAUUUAUUUAGAAUGUUUGCCAUUUAAAAAAAAAAAAAAAAAAAAAAUUUUAAAAAAUUUAAUGAUACAAUUUUGCAGAGAACAUUGUGUUUUUUGUUCUUGUUUUUAAUUCCUUUUUGUAAAUGGAUUAUUAUAAUUAGAAUUACCUGCAAUUCACUGCAGUCACUUAAUCUUCAGGCUCUCUGUAAGUGAGGUUAAUUGGAUGUAGAUGGAUGAACUGCAGGACUACACACUGAGAGAGCCAGGUAAAACGGCCCCUGAACUGUGCCUCUGUUCUGUGUGACACACAAGAUGGCCUCACUUGUGAUCCCUUUAUAUGAAACAAACCCAGCAUUGGUACUUUGCAUGUGUACCUUUGUUGUCAGAUGGUUUAGACACAGGGCCUGUCUGAUAUGCAGGUGGUCUAGGUAGGAUUACAUUUCAGUUUUGAAUGACUGCCAUUUUUCAUUUUCAGUGUUUUAGCAGUUGGGUUUGUGUGUGUUUUAAGUCUUUUAAUUGUGACUUCUGCUUUUCUUACCAUAAGGACUUAAAUUAUUAAUAGACACGUUUAUUAAUUUACUUUCUUAGUUUUCAAAAGUCUAUUUUAAAUGUAAAUUCUAGCCAAGAGAGGGUUUGCAUUUAUUGUCUUUGUUACAUAUUGUUGUUUUAUGUAUGUGUUAUAUAAUUGGCUAAUUAAGGUAUUUUUGUGUAACUUUGUGGUUAAGAAUGGAAUUCUCAGUCACAAUUGUGUGUAUUUUAAAAUGGUUUGUGGGGAGGUGUUUUUUCUGGAAACUAGUUUCAAUUGGGUCUUGUAAAAAUUGACAAAAGGAGUGUUGUUCCCAAUCUAACAGGUGACUGUGUGAAAAGUUAAGGAUCAUUUGCUACAGUCCUUCUUUAUAGAGCUGAAAUGCAAGGCAGGGGGUUUAAAGCAGAAAUGGUGGCUCCAUUAGAAACAAGCGCUCUAGAUUAUUGGCCUGAUACUUGUCUUGAUUUGAUAUAUUGCACAGAAUGCCAAUCCAAACAGUGAAUUCUGGCUGAGUGUAAGUUGUGCUAUCGCUUGUGUUUUUAUUUUGGAUGCUUGCCUUAUCCACUUUAGAUUUCAUUUCUAUUGAGGCUUAAAAAAAAAAAAAGGGUUUACAUUUUAACCUCCCAUUGCUAGAGGCCAUUAAUUCCAACAGACUUUCUACUUUACCCUGUUUUACUAUAAUGCAUCUAUCAUCUGUUUUUGUGGGUUUUUAUGUUUUGUUUUUCAGAGAAAGAAAACUUUAUUAUUCGGCCUCUGCUAUAAUUUUGUAAUUCUAGUACAGCAUUAUGAGCAGUAUUUUGGGCCCAUCCAAACCUUUACUACAUACAUUUUGACAGUGUGCAUUUAAUACAUACUUGUGUUCUCUAACUAAAUCGUGUUACCAUGGGUAUAGGAAACGGGGGGGGGAGGGGGGCUAGCCUUUAAAAUCAUGUGGGACUGGGAUUAUUAUGAAGCCCAAAUGUGUUUCUGUGGUUCCUACAGCAGUGUGUAUUCUGUUCACUUUUCACCAAAGUUUUUUUUUUUUUAAAUCCGGUGUGUAAUCCACGUGGUUCGGAUGCUCAGAAAUUCCAUAGAACAGGUUUACUUUGUGAUGAGCUCAGGCUUAAAACUUCCACUUUGUGUUCUGUUAACUAAUUGUGUCGUAAUGAUCUAACUCCGGGUUUUGGUGAAUAAAUCAUUAACAGAAUGGCAGGAAAGUGGCUUUAUAUUUACUGAUUUACAACCUCCCUGGCCUUCCACCCCCAUCUUUUGGUGUUUUCCCAACCAGUAAAACAUUGUUCUACCAAUACUCUGUAAUUCCUUGAUCAGAAUAGUUGAUACAAAAGUAGCAGCCUAAUACAUUUCUUUAAUUGGGAAAACUCCAUUUAAAUUCUCCAGUCCUGGGUGGGUAAGUAGUUGUAUUUUCUAUUCAGCUGGAAGCUAUACCCCCCUUUAAGUGGCUUUCCACCCGUUCAGUUUUUACAGCUGCUCAGUUGGUUUCUGCAUGCUGACUGCUACUGACAUGGCUGGCUGUUUACCACUUCCUUUGAAGAAUUUGUGCAACUGUAAAAGCAUUCAGUGGCCUGGCUUCCAGCAGACUUCAUUCCUGAUACACACUUUUUUUUUAUUUUAUUUUUUCAGCAGGUUUGUUUAGUCAAUAUUUUUCUACCUGUAAGUAAGAAGUGCAAAGAAUUAUAAUGGAACUGUGUAUAAUACACACGAUGGUCUUUAAUAGGCCCAGUGUGUCAUUUUUAACAUUGAGGCCCAGUUUUUUUUGUUUUUUUUUUCCUAUUGAUUUAAAAAAACUCGCGUUAAAAUUAAGCUUUAAAAAAAAAGAGAUUGUUGUAAAAAGGACUAUUUUAAGACGUUUCAAUCCCCCACAUUCACACUUACGACCUUCUGUUACUAGAUUGGUGGUGUUUCGUGUAAACCCAACACCUUUUUUAGCUCCUGUAAAAUGAAGGCCCCACACAUUUAGAGCUCAGCACUGUACUAGUAACAACAAACCCUUUCCGGUGCACGUUUUUUACUGCCGCGUUGGUUAAUUACAAAGCAUAUCUUUAGGAAGUUCCGAGGACUGCUCUCGGUUUUCACUAGUUCUGUUGCCCCUUGGAGGUGGAGAAUGUCUGAGAAGGAGUAACAUACAGUCUGUCAGGAACAUGGUCUACACAAAUCUUAAUAUCCAAGCAAUGUAGGUUCAUGAUUAGCACAAUACAUUAAAUAGCCAAACACUGGCAUGAGUGUGUUAAUACAUUGCCUGAGAUAUACACUGGCUCAUUUUUAUUUACCUCCGUUUGAUUUACAAGGUAUUCUAUUCAUAAGAUUUUUAUUUUUUUUUAAAUCUUUCUUUUUUUAAAAAGUUUUUUUUUUUUUUAUGUGCUUUGUGUUUUCUUGGACUUUUAGAUUUCAGAAAUCUUUUAUUUUUAUAUAUAAAUUUCCUCAAAUUCUUUCAGUGUAGGAUUAUAUGGUACAGCCUACAGAAAUCUAUCCAUUGAGCAAUGUGUGUCUUGACCUGCUAGUGAGCAGCUAUGGAGACAACUCCACCAUUAUAUAUGCAUCACAGUGUCUGUACUGUAUGCAGAUGCUAAUGUUACAGUCUGGUUAAGCCAUCAUGUUUCACAUGUAUAAGACGCUCUUUGUGACUACUUCCAAACCUAAGAAUGGUUCACAGUCUGGUUUUCCUGCCUUUUGCCAAGGUGAUGUCUUUACCGUAGGAUCCCCCAGAAUUCAGAUUUACACCGUUUAAAAGAAAAAAAAAGUUUUGUAAAAAGCCCAAAUGCUUUUACAUCUGGAUUUUUUUUCUUCUUCUUCGAUAUAUGCUUUAAAUUGGGUUAAAAUAAAUAUAUCUUUUUUUUUUUUUUUAAAGUUUAUAGUUGAACUAAGUUCUAGGAGUUGUAUUUUUUUAUUUUUUUUACCAGUGCAAUGUGUCCCAUCUCCCUAGAACAGAUUCCAGCUACUGAUGUUUCUGGGAAUUUUGGUCCAUAUGAUGUUCAGCCAAAUGUUUUAUACAGAGAGUUUUGUAAAAACAUUCCCUCUCUGAAUAUCUAAGAGGACUCUUGUCUUUCACACAUACAACCCACAGGACUUCUACUGACAAUUGUGACAGUUACAUUUUAUAUAGUUUUUCUGUUUCCCAAGAAUUUACACACGUCUCCUAUUACAAGACAUCAAAGGGUGGAAGAUUUGAUCUGUUUCCCACUCACAAACCAAAAUGAAUCAUUGAUGUUUUAAAUGAACUUUGCAGACUAUGGACCUCCAAUGUACAGAGGUGACAGAGUAGCGAUCAUUUAUGGCUGAACACAAUAAAUUCUAUUCUUUUUAAGGCUUGUCCCAAAUGCCAGCAAUAUAUGUAGUGUACAUUUUGUGGGGAUAUGGUCACCACAACUUAAGACUCCAUUUGAACAUCAUUUUUUUAUCCCCACAGAAAAGUUGAUGAGCUGGAACAAAACGUUAAAUAAAAACUUGAUAUUUGCCCGUGGAAAUGGAGCAAAAAGUCAAUAAGCUCACGUAUGGGUGUCAAAGAAGUUCCACAUCGGAUGACGACUCUGGAUGUGCAAUGGAAGAAUACACUUGGGUUCCUCCUGGCCUUCGACCUGAACAGGUAUGGUGAAUUGGCCAUUGUCUUGCUGAUCAUCUCCCUUAUAUACAAAGUGUAAUUAACCUGCUAUCAAAUAAUUCAACUGGUUUUAGGGCGUGCAAAUGGUUUUUCAAGAAAAAAAUGACAAUUAUUUAUAUAGCACAGAGCUGUACAAUAUCUAAAGUAGACAAACAUUUAACUCUAACAAAACAUAUGGGGACAAUAUGUUAAGAGGGUCCUACCCAAAGGAGCUUACAAUCUGAAGAACAUGUUAUGUACUUUGUAACCGAAAGAAAGCUAAUUAUAUUCUUUUUUUCAUUAAUAUUUAAAGACGGCAAUAAAUAUUCCAAAUAUUUACUAUCCUUUUGAGACUCGUUACUGUCUGUGUUAUUGAGUUUGUAUUUGCACAGACACAUGACACAUUCUGAUUAGAGGUGCAAACAAACACGGCAAAGGUGGUAACGUGAAUUGUGAGGUCCUCGAAAAGAGGGACUCUGGGAUAGAGUAGAGGGAGAGCGUUUUGGAUCCUAAAGAUAAGUGAAAUGACUAGAUUGGAUAGGUUUCCCUACAGAAUUGCAACAAUAAUUUGAAAGUCUUCUAAUGAUGACACGUGCAGAUUUUGUUUAGAGAUUUAAAAAGACUGCUUUUUGGGUGUUCCUGGUUUAAAAACUAAAAGGUGUGUCUGGCAUAGUGAUUGCUAUUAGGUCUGCAGAUAAGCCAUACCUCUUCAAAGGAAAAAAAAAAGCUGCAUCUGGUUAAAACAUGUUGAGAUUUACCCUUCCCAUGUAGCAGACUGUGGGUCCGUUGGAGGAGGAAAAAAAAAACCUCACAUGGAAACAAUGAAAACUGAUGAUAUGAGAGAUCCGGCCUGCAGGAGAUACAGACAAGCUUUUGUCUCACUGUUGUGUAAAAUGCAAGAAACCAAUUAAACCUGUUUAUAGGGGCUGGUUUUCUAGCUAGGUUAAUAUGCUAGUAUUUCUCCUAAUUGUAGAUAGAUAUGUUGGAAUGUCCACUGAGUUGUUGACUGGUCCUCAAGGAGGUGGACAUAAUGGCAGUAUUAAAAAUGUAUAAUUUAUGAUACCACCUAAUGGUCACUGCAAGCUACAUUCCAUAGGAGCAAUCCAACAGCUGGGUGCAAGCAAACUAUCUAUCUAGUGGUGCGGAGUUAGCUUAUCUGGAGCUCGUUAGAGUAGACGCUCAAAGCUGACACAGAUCUAAUAGAGCAUUUGUGUUUUUCCCAUUCUAGUGUCUCAACCUCCUAUCUCUAUUCAGUAUCUCCCACCAGUGGCUUAUGUAGGAUAAAAUUAUUCAAAAUAUCUUCUGUUUCUCUGUUCCAAAACGCAGGUCCAGUUAUACUUUGCUUGUCUGCCGGAGGAAAAGGUCCCAUACGUUAACAGCGUGGGAGAAAAGUAUAGAAUCAAACAGCUUCUCUAUCAGCUUCCUCCACACGAUAAUGAGGUAAUAUUAAGAUUUCUUAAUCCACUGAUGCAACCAUUUAAGAAGAGUAUGCAAUACACAGGCCUGGCUGAAUAUCCUGCUCAGAGUUUGCUGCUUUGUUACAGAUUAGCUUUUUGUUUGUGGGUUGUUGGUUUUUUUUUUUUCUUAAUUUUUUUUGUAUUGCAUCUAAAAGUACUUCCUGAAAGGUGUUGUCACCUAUUACUGUAGGUAUUUAAACCAGUGGGAGGUCCCCUCUAGCACCCCUAUUUUUAUUCAAUUCGGAUAUCCCUGUUUUGUUCCGACUGCUGCUGUAGUUUGCAAUUGAACAAUCACUGGAGUAAAAAGCCAGUUGAGAUAGAUAUAGAUAAAAUCUCUUUUAAAUAUAAUUUACUGCUUUUACAUUUAUUCUCUAAAGGGAGAAUUGUAGGGAAUUAAAAGUGCGUUUCAGAUUUGAGGCCACGAUAUCCCCCAAAAAGUAGCUGACUUCUUCCAUUUUAGCUAUUUCGGCCUAAAUGUAGAAUUCACUUUGAAUUCCCACUAUAGUAAAUAACCCCACAUUGCAGUUUCCCCCUCCCCAUAUGUUUCAGUGACUAGUCAGGUAUAUUUUAAGAAUGUCUACACAGACUGAGCUUUUUAUAGUGUUUGCUCUUCGAUUCCACCUUCCAGGGCUGUUUGAAUUCCAAGAUACAUUGUACUGUGAAUGUUUUCAGACAGCAAACAUACUUUUAUAAUGUUUACUUAUUACAAUCUCAUUGUACAAAUUGUAAUGCCAAAUAACUCAUUAUUUGCAGGGCCAUUAAGUAGCCAUAGUGUAUUUGCCCUUCUGUUGAAUUUGCCAGUCAAGUGUCAAAAUAAGCCACAAGCCUAGAAAUGCUUACCGUUGCUUUUAAUGUCCUAUUUAUGUAGGUGCGAUAUUGCCAGUCAUUAAGUGAGGAGGAGAAGAAGGAAUUGCAAAUGUUUAGUACCCAGCGCAAAAAGGAGGCCCUUGGAAGAGGCAAUAUUAAAUUAUUGUCAAGGGCCGUGAUGCAUGCUGUGUGCGAACAGGUAACUUAUUAUUCUGUUUUAUGGUCACUUAGCAUUUGAGGCUUCUGAAUACAUUUCAGAUAUUUAACUGAACUGUUGUAAAUUGUCAGUGUAGUGUAUGUGUGUAAUAUAUUAUAUAUAUUUAUAUUAGAAAACAAAAUAGGCAGGUUUAUUUACUAAAGUGACAUUUCAAAAUUAAGGUCAAAAUAGGCACACUGAAUAGCUAAAUUAGAGAAUUAUCCAAGUUAGCCUACUGUGGCCUUAAAUUUGAGUUUACUAAAUAACUGUCAAUCUAUGCGGAAAAUUUUCAGGAGACUGUCCCUAUAAAUCUUUUUAUAUCCACCUCGGGUUUUCCUUUCCGAAUUUGAACUAUCUAUGAAAAUUCUCUGUCUGGUUCCCAGGGGCAGCUGAUCCUUUUGAUUUCCUUGUUAUUCUGUAUACACUUGCGUAUUCUGGGCUCGAGCUAAUGCUCGUACAGACGUGAGCAUAAAGAGUUUUCUGCAUUGGAAAAGUGUCAAAUUGUACCCAGAUGGCUAACGUUUUAUUAAAAACACAUUCUAAUAAUGAAUCCCAGGCUAAGUGGUUCCCUAAGUAUCUACUUAACAUACAUCAGCAAUAUUUUUCUUGGUUUUGAAUCCUUUUACGGCAGGAGAUUAUUACACUUUGCUCCAUUUUGGGUUUUUAAAGGGGUGUUUAAAUUCCAUGGUUGGUUUUAUGUCACAAGUAGUAUUUUUUCUUUUAAUUUGAAUGGUAACGAAUGUGCCAACAAUCCAUCAACAUGGAAUAAUGCUCGACUUGUUCUAAUUGAUUUUUUUUUUCUAUUAUUCUUCUAGUGCGGAGGGAAAAUUAAUGGAGGUGAGAUUGCAAUUUUUGUGUCACGAGCUGGACCAGGGGUCUGUUGGCAUCCGUCAUGUUUUGCAUGUUCAACUUGCAACGAGCUGCUUGUUGAUCUGAUCUACUUCUAUCAAGAUGGAAAAAUACAUUGUGGUAGACACCAUGCAGAACUACUUAAGCCAAGAUGUUCCGCCUGCGAUGAGGUACAUUCUUGCACACCACCGUCCUCUUAUCCUUUUUGAUUUGCUCUAAACUCUUAUGAUCACUUUCAAAUCUUGCAAAUCCUGAUGUAAAAGUAACUAAAGUCAACAUCAUUGACCUUUACCCUGGGGGAUAAAAAGAACAAAGGUUUUGUUAAGUCUUGGCUCUUGUUGAAAGGAUUACAGUAAGGCGUGCAUGUAGUGUAGUAGUUUGAAUUACAAAAGGAUAGAAAUAAUUACAAUAGAGAAACUCUCCAUGACACGACUUCCUAUCAUUCACUCUCGGAAGUUUACUAUUUAGGUACGGAAUUCCCAUGUGGCAGUUUGGGUACAAUCCCAGUAUACACAAUGUAUCACAAUUUAAAAAGUAAAAACAUGAUGUUUUUGCCAUGUUGCUACAGUGUUAUGCAAUGUACGCUGAAAGUUUUUAUAUGGCAGUUGAGUGAGCACCAGAUUGUUUCAUUUGGGAAAGUCUGUGGGUGGGGGAUCCCUUUCUUUCUUAUUUAAAAGUGAACUUUAAACACAUAAUUCCUACAACCCACCGGUUACGGGGAUAUGGUGCUAGGUGCCCCUUGGUACUUUAUUGGAAAAAUUGGAUAAUGUUAAUUGCGGAAGGGAACUACCACAUUAGGGCUAAAGGGGCUGUAGGGUGUCCACCCGGGGUAAAUGUGAAACUAUUUAAAAAUUAUUUUAAAUUGGCCUUUUCCAGUUCAAGGGAAGUAUCAGAUAUAAUGAUGGUAGGCAUCUUAUUAAGAACUAAUUACAAUUAAUUUCUUCUAUUUUACUUAUUUUUCUAUUUAUUCUAACUUGCGGCAUUUAUAAUGGUAAAAAAUAUAUAUUUUUGCAGAUUAUAUUUGCUGAUGAAUGCACGGAGGCUGAAGGACGGCAUUGGCACAUGAAGCAUUUUUGCUGCUAUGAGUGUGAAACCGUACUUGGGGGACAGAGAUACAUCAUGAAAGAUGGUCGCCCUUUUUGCUGUGGCUGCUUUGAAUCUCACUACGCAGAGUAUUGUGAAUCCUGUGGAGAACAUAUAGGUAUUAUAUGCUUUUUUUUGGUUUGUUUUGUUUUUAAGUGGUUGCAUAAAUAUAACUGUUGAAUAUAAAUGUGAACCUUUUUUUUCAUUGUUUUCCUAGAAAUGUUAGCAAUAAUUUGUCCACUAUUGUCAUUGUAACAAAACUUUAUUUUAUUGUACUAGGUGUUGACCAUGCACAAAUGACCUAUGAUGGGCAGCAUUGGCAUGCUACAGAAACCUGCUUCUCAUGUGCCCAGUGUAAAGUUUCUCUUCUGGGGUGUCCGUUUCUUCCUAAAAAGGGCCGAAUUUAUUGUUCAAAAACCUGCAGCCUUGGAGAAGAUGUUCACGCUUCUGAUUCUUCAGACUCUGCGUUCCAGUCUGCAAGGUCAAGGGAAUCGAGAAGAAGUAUACGUAUGGGGAAAAGCAGUCGAUCUACAGAUCAGUGCAGACAGUCACUUUUGCUGUCUCCAGCAUUAAAUUACAAGUUUCCUGGACUAUCUGGUAAUGCCGAUGAUACUUUGUCACGCAAGAUGGAUGAUUUGAGUUUAUCAAGGCAAGGAGCCGGAUUUGAUAAUGACUAUUGGAAAGGACGCGAUGAACAAGAUACUCCAGAGGAUCAUGAAGAAUGGGCUGAGCAUGAUGACUACAUGACUCAGUUGCUUUUAAAGUUUGGAGAAAAAGGACUCUUUCAGCAGCCCGCCGAUGACAGUCGAUCUAGUGAGCACUGGAUGUCAGAAAAUAUCCAAAGCAAUAAUGAUUUAAAAAGAAAUGGUCACAGUCAAAGUUUGGCAAGUAAAAAAUAUCAGGCAGAUAUGUACUGGACCCAAUCACAGGAUGGUCUGGGAGAUUCUGCUUACGGCAGCCACCCAGGGCCAGCGAGCAGCAGAAAAAUACAAGAACUGGAUAUCGAACAUGGAGCCUCUGGUUACAAACAUGACACAACACCAUGGUAUAAGGGCUCAUUGGAGUGUUUAUCUGAUGGUCUCAAACCACAAAAUACAAACAUUUGUGAUUCCAUGGAUUCGUUGGCAUUGUCAAAUAUAACAGGUAGAGUCUUUAUUUUUAUCCCUUGUUCUUAUUUAUUGCUUUUUAUCAUCUUGACUAUUAUUUAGUUUGAUGUAGGCUAAAUAUCAAGGUUUGAUGAUCACAUUUGUUUUUGAUUUUCCUAAAUUCUUUGUUCUUUUCUUAUUUCUAUAACAGAUGUUGAAUAAUUUUUGGUAGGGCAGUGAAAUGGUUUGUUUCAUCAAAGAGAAUAUAUGUGGCCAUUGGCCAUCAACACUAGAAUAGCUAGAUUUGCAGAUGGGCCUCUAUUUAUUGGAUGAAGUCUUCAAAUAUCUUUCUUUGGCCUUUAGCCCUCCUGAAGGUUUAUGCUCUGAAUGUUUCAUCUGAUGAAUGUAGGUGUGUCCAACCAGGAUAUGAAUCAUAAGUAUAUGAUAUCUAGUGUAAUUUAAAAUGGCUAAUGUUCAUAGAUGUACUUUAAGUGUUGAGCUUACACUUGUUUUUGAAAAAUUGUUCAUUGUAAAGGUGUGUUUGUGUGCUCUUUUGACCCGUUCCUUAUGGUUAUAAGCUUGUCAAAUGUAUCGAUACAAUAAUUCAGUGUGUACAUGUAUCUUUAAUAAUUAAGUGGUAUUUUUCUUUUUUCUUAGGAGCAUCAGUAGAUGGAGAAGGUACUGCAAGACCCUCACAGUUUUCCUUUCAAAAUUUUCCAGAUAUUGAUGGAAGGGAUUGUGAAAAAAUGAGCAAUAUGGGAACUCUUAAUUCGUCCAUGCUCAAUAGAAGCACAGAGUCUUUGAAAAGUUUAAGUUCUGAGAUUUGCCAGGAAAAGCCACUUCCAGAAGAAAAACCAGUGCAGAUGUCUGCACUGAGACGAUCAAAGUCUCAAACAAGACCUCAAGUCAAGUUUUCUGAUGAUGUAAUUGACAAUGGUGACUAUAGCAACAUUGAAUUGCGGCAGCCGCCAAUGAGUGAGAGGAGUAGGCGUAGGGUUUAUAAUUUUGAGGAACGCAGUCAAAGACCUCAUCAUCAUCGUCGCAGAAAAAGUCGUAAAUCCCGAUCUGAAAACGCACUUCAUCUUGCGGCAGAUAAACCAUCUGGAAAAGAGAAAUUGAGAUUUUACACUUCUGAGGAUUAUGAGCGAAUGUUUCAAAAUAAAGCACCUCAUGAGUUGCCAUCAUACCUUCAGAAUGCUGAACUUCGUGGACAGUACACAAAUGCUGCCUCUGGAUAUGGACUGCAAGGCCAAUUUAUGGAUAAAUUCCUGGGGCUAUAUGGGGAGGACGAUGAUUCCUGGUGUUCAACCUGUUCAUCCUCAUCUUCAGAUUCAGAAGAAGAGGGGUAUUUUCUUGGACAACCUAUCCCUCAGCCAUUACAACAAAGGUUUCAAUAUUACACAGACUUGCCUAGUCCAUCGACUGCACUAGCCAGCUCUCAUUUUGGCCAAAGGACCACUAAAUCCAAAAAGAAAAAGGGACACAAAGGCAAAAAUUGUAUUAUUUCUUAGAGAGUUGUUGGUUCCAUAAUUUCAUUCCUGUGAAGAAAAAUACAUACAUUUUUAAACUAGAAAGACUUAUUAUGGUUGCUACUUUUUUUUUUCUUUGCUAAUGUAAUAUAAAGAGGAUGGCUGGUGUUUACAAUUCUUAAUUUCCCCGGAUCAAGUAGCAGACCUGGAUGAACCAUUUCAGGUUUGACGUUAUUUUGCAUUUUAUCCAAUAAUGCUCUUUAUAAUACAACCUAGGAUCACGCUUCACACUCUGAUGUACAAAGACUUCCCUUUUCCAUUUAUAUAACUGAGAUGCUCUCCUGUCUUUGGACAUUUCAGUCCACGACACUCUGAUGAUUCAAGGAUACAUAUUCUUUGAAGACUCCGUAUUUUGUGAUUUCAUAUUUUACACAUGGAUAUCUUCGUUUUCCGUACUGGCACCUUAGUUACCAAGGAUGCAAUCAAUAUUUUUUUUUUUCUUUUUUUAUUGAAGUUAAAAAGAUAUGCACAUGGACAUUUUAAAGUGAACUAGUUUCAUUUUGUACUUUUUUGUUUAGCCAGUAUUGUUGAAGGAUAUUAAGUUCUGAAAAUAUUUUAAGUCUUUGCUAAGUGUAGAAUAUUUAGCUGCAAAUUAUUUAUAAUGUAGCAUUUUAAACAAAUUUAGCCCUAAUUUAACUGUUCAAAUAAUGUAUAUAUUGUAUAUGUUAAAUCCAGAAACUGAUAUUUUUUAUAUCCCUCAAGAUAUCAUUAUUAUGGACAUUGAGAGAAGCAUUACUGUUGAUAUUUUUAACGUUCUUGGAGGACCUGUAAUAAGUCAGAUCGUGACGGGACUUUCAAUGAUGCAGAAGCAUUUUGUUGUCAAAGUCCCCUUUGCUGUUGAACAAAAAAAGCAAAAAAAAUACCCUUUUUUUCAAAGUUUACUGGAACAACCACCACAAUAGUUUGCUUCUCUUAAACCUUUGUUUGUAAUAAUUGCUAAGUUUGUUUUGGUAUUUUUGAAAGAUUGACUCACUUUCUGUGGAUUAAAAUAUAAACAAUUUGCCUUACUGGUUUGAUGUAUCUUUUUUGUUGUCGUCAUUUUUUUAUUUCAUUCACUUCAUCGCUAUCCAGGUAUAAAGCAUGACAAAGUAAAAAAUAAAACCAGGUAGGCACACCCAAUGAUAAAUAUAGACUUGCCCAUAAAUGGAGCUCUAUAAAAAUAAGAUGUAGGGUGCUCACUUACAAUGAGGCUCUAUCCCCAAAAG